CAGUAACAAUGUGUGCACAGAGCAGUUUGCUGGCUAUUCUCCUAUGGCUGCAAGUCACUGACAGCUCAGGUAAGUGAUUCACCUCCUGUUACAUUGUGUUAAUAAUUCUACUUACCUGCAAUCCUGUAUGAUACCGAGCACAGAGGGGCAGCCAGGCUAGCCGGGGUGGGUGAGAUUAAUGGGAGUUUAAACUUUAGAACAUUUAUAUCUGUUGCUGGAAUGAUGUAAUUACAUUCCAACAUUCUGAAAGAGCUGACACUGAGGAUUUAUUUACUAAAGAGCGAUCUGUGCAGAAUGUAAGAGAUUAACCCUUUGUGUGCUGCUGGUAUAACUGGCUCCCUCACCCAUGGUUUCAGGGUUCAGGGAGGUAGGUGGCAGAAUGCCCAUCACUCACUCUAACUGCUGCCAUGCCGCUACUGGGAUAAUAAAGGGUCACUACAGGUGGAACAAUGUAUCAGAGAAAACAUCAGUCAGCGAUUUAAACCUUUACAAAACAGUUUGACUUUGCACCAUAACCACUACAGUGUGCUCUACUAGUUCUUCCGCUUGGAGUGUUCCUUUAAAUGUACUCAUUGUUUUAAUGUCCACAGAUCGUAUGCAUUAUAAAAGAAUGCAACAUUAUAGCCUUUAGUGUUUUUUAAUUGAUUUAGGAGUUAUUAACCCCUUAAGGACCGGACUGUUUUUGCGAUGUUGUACAUUUGCGACAAGGAAUAUUUUUACACUUUUCUGGUGUUUGUGUUUAGCUGUAAUUUUCCGCUCUCUCGUUUACUGUUCCCAUACAAAUUAUAUAUUGGUUUUUUUCAGGACAAAAGGGGCUUUCUUUACAUACCAUUAUUUAUAUAAUCUCAUGUAUUUUAAUUUAAAAAAAAAAAAUGAUGAAAAAUUGAAAAAAAUACAUGUUUUUUGACUUUUACUUGAAAAAUCUUUUACUCAUCUACAAAAGCGAAUGGGGAAAAAAACAGCUAAAUAGAUUCAAAAUUUUGUCCUGAGUUUAAAAAUGUUUACGUGCUUUUUUUGCUUUUUUUUGCAAAUUAUAGGGCUAUAGGUACAAGUAGGAUAUGGCGGUUUCAAAACAAACAUUUUUAAAAUGUAUCAAUAGUGACAUUGUAACACUAUUAUCUGUCAUAAAUCUCUGGAAAACACUCCACAUGUAUAUAUAUAUUUUUUAAAGUAGACAACCCAUCUAAGGAUAUUUUGACACUUUCUAUGCAGCCAUUUUACGACAAGUCUUUGCCAAACUUUGCAUAGGUAGUUGUUUUUUGUUGUUGUUUUUUUUCACAUACAUUGCAAUUCAGGUAUAAACUUACAGAUCCUGUUAUGUCUUGCUGCCAAAAAACACACUAAUAUAUGUUCAGCAAUAUCUCCCGAGUACAGUGAUACCACCCAUGCAUAGGCUUGUCGGAUUGUUUGGGGGCUAAAAGGCCACAUUUGGCAGGUGCGCAUAUCCAUUUUUCAACUUGGAAUUUUGACAUGUAGUCAACCUGCGCACAUGUCCUAUUUGGGACAUUUGUAAGGCCGGCCAAUGUAUUUUACCCCCACCAAACCAUAUAUUUUUGGAAAGUAGACACCCUAGGGUAUUUCAAAUGGAGUUUUUUUUUUUAACACUUUCCAGGCACUAAUUCUACCACCAGACUUUGUCAAACAUUUAGGUAGUCAUUUUUUGUGGUUUUUUUUUUUUUCCACACACAUUGUACUUUAGGCAUGAAUUAACAAAUCGUGUUAUGUGUCACUGCCAAACAACACCCCAAUAUGUGUUCAGCAACAUCUCCUGAGUACAGUGAUACCACCCAUGCAUAGGCUUGUCGGAUUGUUUGGGGGCUAAAAGGCCACAUUUGGCAGGUGCACAUAUCCAUUUUUCAACUUGGAAUUUUGACAUGUAGUAAACCAGCGCCCCUGUCCUAUUUGGGCCAAUGUAUUUUACCCCCAUCAAACCAUAUAUUUUUGAAAAGUAGACAACUCAGGGUAUUUUAAAUGGUGGUAGUUUAAUACUUUUCAUGCAAUAAUUCUACCACCAGCCUUUGGCAAACUUUUGGGUAGUAAUUUUCUUCAUGUUUUUUUACACAUACAUUGUACUUUAGGCAUGAAUUAACAGAUCCUGUUAUGUAUCACUGCCAAACAACACCCCAAUAUGUGUUCAGCAACAUCUCCUGAGUACAGUGACAUCACCCAUGCAUAGGUUUGCUGGGUUGUUUGGGGGCUAAAAGGCCACAAUCAAGACUUGUACAUAUCAGUUUUUCAACUUGAUAUAUAGGUAUGCUUGGCCUAUCUUCAGUUUGGCAUAUUUUUGCAUCCCCCACCCGUUAAUGUUAACAUCAUGAAAGUUUAUAUUUUUAUAAAGUAUACAUUCCAGAGUAUUGUAUAUGAGGUGUUUUCACAUCCUUCCCCCAACCAUUGUGCUAAACAAAUUUCAGAGAACGUGCAUGGUGGUAAUUUUUGAAUUCUGCUUUUUAUGCACACAUCAUCUGGUUUUGGCCAGCCAUUUAUGUUACUACCAUAAAAUUUUUUUAACCAAAUGUGCAUGUAUCAAAUGCACCUUUAGCAGCAUUCUCUAAACUAACUCCUGCAAAAAGAAUCUAAUUGGAGAUUUGGGGGGAAGGAAACUGACUGACUAAAAUUUGCUGCUUUCAAAAGAAAAAAAAAACAGUGCAAAGGGGUGUCUGUCCUUUUCCCUUUUUUAUAACAGACCCAGCAACAUUUCAGGGGAUUUGUUUUUUUUUGUUUUUUGCAGUUGGCGGUAUCUUAAAAAUAAAAUGUCUGGACUCCUUUGGCACCGUUGUUGGAACUUGACCAUCUCCAUAAAUUAUUGUGGAAAUCAGCUUGAACUAAAAUUGGAGAAAGGUGGUUCUUUCUGGAUUCAUUUUUUUUUAAAGAGUAAAAAUUAAUUAUGUGUUGCUACUUGCAUCAGGUAGAUAGCCACCUUUUUAUACCAGGCUUUUGUCUUUCUUAAGAUAAGAUAUGGCUGCAUGAGCUGAUCAGCCAAAUCAACACCCCCAUGUGCAUUUUAUAAGCCCUGAUGCAAACAGGUUUGGUCUGUACUCUGCCUCGGACAGUGACGUCUGACAUGCUUUCGUCAUGGAUGGUGGUUAGUAUAUUAACAUCCUUCCUGUCCUUACAUUUUAUUGCAAGCACUUUAGCUUUGUGCAGACCUUUACAUUCACUUUUUUUUUUUAUUUGGCCUCUAUAAAAAGUCUGGGGAAAUCCUUGGCAUAUUUUCUCACACUGCCACAGGCCAGUAUCUAGAAACCCUAAAGAGUUUGAAACAAACGGACAAUGCUAUAAAAAUUGUCCACAUAAAGGUGGUAACCCUUAUUGAACAAGGGGAUCAGUAAGUCAAAAACAAGUUUCCCGCUUGUCCCCAGAGAGUCAGUACAGCCAGGAGGGUCCAGUUGACCAUCUUUCCCCUCAUAUAUACGAAAGGCAAAUGUAUAGCCACUUUCGCUCUCGCACAGUUUGUAGAAUUUUACGCCAUACCUAAAGCGCUUUGAGAGGAUGUAUUGUUUGAAUCCUAAUCUCCCUUUAUAUUUCAUUAACGAUUCAUCAAUAGAUACAUUUUUUUGAGGAGUAUAAACUUCAGUAAAUUUGUGCUGCAGAUGGUCUACCAGUGGGUGUAUUUUAUGAAGCCUAUCAUAUUGGGUGUGAUCUCUGGGGUGACAGAGGGUAUUGUCAUUGAAAUGUAAGUAUCUCAGCAGCAGCUCAAAUCUUGUUCUAGACAUGGUUUGAGAGUACACUGGACUAGAACAGAUUGGGUUGGUGCUCCAGUAAGAGCAAAUUGAUGGCUUCUUUAUAAUCCCCAUGAGAAUUGUAAGAGCCCAGAAUGUUUUAAGUUCAUGGACAUCUGUGGGAUGCCAAGCAUGCUCCCUGACUGUAUAGCUACCUGGAUUGGUCUCAAUAAAUUGGCUAGCGUAUAAAUUAGUCUGGGAAGCAAUCUCCUCCCAGAUGGUAUCCCCUAAAAAUAACUCCAUAUAUUGUAUAGGGGAGAAGUCAACCACAUUCACAUUAAUGCCUGCGUUGGCACUAAAAGGGGGGAUGUUGGGCUCAGCUAACUGUGGAGGUACCCAGUCCUCCUCCACAUUCAGCGUAGCAGGGGAAGCACAGCUUCUUUUAGCAGCUGGCUCACACACAGAUGACAUGUCACUAGACGUGCCGCUAAACUGACCUGGGUCAAAAUCGGACGCAGUGUCAGUGGCGUCAGAGUCUGACGCCAAGAAGGCAUAUGCCUCCUCCAAGCUGUACAUGCGCUGCAUGUUUCACACUAACAGACUAAACUAACAAAAUACUAAACACAAUAUUUUUUUAUUUUUUUUAUUAACACUAAAACAGACUAAAACAGACUAAAACAGUAAUCCCUAAACUAACUCCUGUUAGAAGAAUCUAAUGGAGAUUUGGGGGAAGGAAACUGACAGACUACGACAGACUACGACAGUCUAAGACACAGAUUUUUUAAAAUAAAGUUAACCAUUAAGGGCAAAAAAAAAAUACAGACUGUACAAAUGCACUGUCUGUAACAGAUCUGGCAGGGAAGGGGUUAAAAUUGUAUUUUUAUUCACUGCAGAUACUUUUUACAACUCUCUGGAACAGCUGCUGCAACAAACUAUCACGAUCUCUGUCUCUCUCCUCUCACAAAACGCCACAGAGGGGAGAGAGGCAGAGAUCAGUGUCAAAGUGAGUGUUUGUAACACCCACUUUGACACCAGCCAAUUGUGAGCUCACAGCCGUAAUUGGCUGUUACUAUCUGCCUGGGAUGCCAGGCAGAUAGUAACAACGGGAUUUCGGCGGAAGCGAUCUCUGAUCGCUCCCGCCGCCCGUUUUCCGUUAGGAUGGUUCAGGACCGUCCUCGGUCGGCAACGCAAAAAUGCCGAGGACAGUCCUGAACCGUCAUGCGUCAUGAAGGGGUUAAAUUAAUGCUCACUCCAGCUAGUGCAGUCACUGCUGCUGUGGGAUCGUAGCCCCUCCUUCCCUCCAUUGCUGUAUUGUCGGCAUCAGUGACACAUAUCACUGCAAGUCCAGUUCUCCUAUAGCAAGCGCAAGGUGUAAUCAUCACUACUGAUAUGAACCUCCGGAUCUCCCCCCUCCAUUUCUGCUAACUCAAUGUAUGUAAGAUGACAGGUACACUUUAAAGGAGCAUGGGGUUUGAAUGUUGCAUUAUUCAAUGAUACUGAUACAUUAUUCAAUAUUAUUCAUUAUUCAAGUUCAAUUUAAAGAUUGAGAUACAAUUAUUUAACCCCUUAAGGACUGGACUGUUUUUGCGAUGUUGUACAUUUGCGACCAGGCAUAUUUUUACACUUUUGUGGUGUUUGUGUUUGGCUGGAAUUUUCCGCUCUCUCAUUUACUGUUCCCAUACAAAUUAUAUAUUGUUUUUUUCAGGACAAAAGGGGCUUUCUUUACAUACCAUUAUUUAUAUAAUCUCAUGUAUUUUAAUUUUAAAAAAAUAAAAAAAUAUGAUGAAAAAUUUAAAAAAAUACAUGUUUUUUGACUUUUACUUGAAAAAUCUUUUACUCAUCUACAAAAGCGAAUUAAAAAAACUGCUAAAUAGAUUCAAACUUUUGUCCUGAGUUUAAAAAUACCCCGUGUUUACAUGCUUUUUUUUGCAUGUUAUAGGGCUAUAGGUACAAGUAGAAUAUUGCGGUUUCAAAACAUAAAUUUUUUAAAUUUAUCAAUAGUGACAUUGUAAGACUAUUAUCUGUCAUAAAUCUCUGAAUAACACCCCACAUGUACAUAUUUUUUUUAAAGUAGACAACCCAGGGUAUUCAAUAUGGGGUAUGUCCAGUCUUUUUUAGUAGCCACUUAGUCGAAAACACUGGCCAAAGUAAGAAUUCAUAUUUGUUUGUGUGUGAAAAAAGUAAAAAAACUAAAUUGAACGCUAAUUUUGGCCAGUGUUUGUGACCAAGUGGUUACUAAAAAAGACUGGACAUACCCCAUUUGCAAUACCUUUUCAAUGUAAAAAUAUUUGACCCAUAUAUUUGACCUUGUAACUUUCAAAAAUACUAUAAAACCUGUACAUGGGGGGUACUGUUUUACUCAGGAGACUUUGCUGAACACAAAUAUUAGUGUUUAAAAACUGGAAAACGUAUCACAACAAUUAUAUCAUCAGUAAAAGUGCUGUUUGUGUGUGAAAAAUGCAAAAAAAGUCACUUUCACUGACAAUAUCAUCGCUGUGAUAUGUUUUACUGUUUUGAAUCACUAAUAUUUGUGUUCAGCGAAGUCUCCCGAGUAAAACAGUACCCCCCAUGUACAGGUUUUAGGGUGUCGUAGAACGUUACAGGGUAAAAUACAGUGCUAGCAAAUUCAAUUCUCUGGAAUUUCGGCCUGGGUUGGCAGGCAGGUCCCUUAAAUUGCAAUCAAUAAAAUUACUGAAUUAUGUAAAACUAUUACAUAAAUACGCACGUAGAAUUUAAAUAUAUAUGCAUAUUUAUAUAUUUGAAGUCUACGUGUAUAUUUAUAUAAUUAUUUAUGUAAUUUUGUAUAUGGACAUAUGUAUAUUUCUUAUUAUUUUUAUUUAUUUUUAUAUACAUAGAUAUAUAUAUACAAAUUCAUUCUAAGUGUAUUUUGAUAUAAAAAUAUAUAUAUUAAUUUUAAAAUACAGUUAGAAUAAAAUUUCAUAUAGAUAUAUAAUUUUUUGUAAUUUUAUUAUUGUUUAAAAAAUUUUUUAUUUAAUUUAAAUUACUUAUUAUUUAUAUUUUAUAAUAAUAUAUAUAUAUAUACAAUAUAUAUAGUUAUUAUAUAUAUUAUAUAUAUAUACGUGUGUAAUUUAAUUAUAAGUGUAUUUUUAUAUUAAUAUCAGUACAUAUUAAUAUAAAAAUACACUUAGUAUGGCAUUAUAUAGAUGAUAUAUAGACAUAUAUUAUAUAGAUAUAUUAUAUGUCUAUAUAUCAUAUAUACACCUAUAUAAUUAUUUUUUUUUUUUAUUACCAUUAACUUUAUUUUUAUUUUUGAUUUUACACAUGCAGGGAGACUGCCUGUCAGCACAGACAGUCCCCCUGCAGGCAGCACUAUGGACACCUAUUGUGACCAUGUGAUCGCUGUGUUAAGCGAUCACAUGGCCACAGGGGUCCUAAAUCAGUGUGGGGAGACUGUCUGGGCUGCAGGCAGUCUCCCCACAACCGGAAGAACACUGAUCGCCGCCGGGGGAACGACGGCGAUCAGGUAAGUACCCCCAGACCGUUAGGACGGUUCAGGACCGUCAUCGGUCCUCAAGGCAAAAAUGCCGAUGACGGUCCUGAACCGUCCUCGGUCGCUAAGGGGUUAAGGUUAAUUACAUCUGUUUGAAAGUGAAACCAGUUUUUUUUUCAUGCAGGCUCUGUCAAUCAUAGCCAGGGGAGGUGUGGCUAGGGCUGCAUAAACAGAAACAAAGUGAUUUAACUCCUAAAUGACAGUGAAUUGAGCGGUGAAAUUGCAGGGGGAUGAUCUAUACACUAAAACUGCUUUAUUUAGCUAAAGUAAUUUAGGUGACUAUAGUGGCAAUAGUGAUAGGAUGUCAAUGUAAUCCCCUUUACAUAUUCUAUCUUUUAUGGAUUUAAUCAAAUGAAAACCUAAUGGAGAAAUUUCCUCACCUAAUGUUUCCUCAUACAUGUUUCCUUCACCCUGACAUUUUGGCCUAACUGCGCUCACUUCCUUACAUUGGUAUUUGGAAUCCUGGUACUCUUGCUAGGCUAGGUGUCUGCAAUAACAUAAUAAUUUUCUCAAAAGAUACCACAUCACCUAAAACAGCAUUAUUCACAGUUUUUUGUGACUCAGCAAGCUUGUUCUUCUUUGUUUCACUUUUCUGCAUCUUCUUGCUUCUUAUUGGAAAUGGGGAAAAUGUCUCCCUGGAUCUCUUUGUCUUCAUUGUUAGAUGAUUACAGCUUGUGCCAUCCUCCAUUGCAAACUCCUCCUGCAGUUCAACUCAUCAUCUUUGUGGUGGAACCAACCUCGCCACUAUGCACUGGAGGAGCCUGGUUGCUCGCCUGCUGCCUUUAGACUAUGGCCCCAUGUUAAAGCUUGAUUUUCCCCUGCGAAGACACGAAAGCCGGGUCAUUCGGUGCUGGCACUGUUUGAGCGGUGAUACCCCAGAUAGCUAUGCCAUGGAGCCCAUUCCUAUUAUGAAAGACUAUGGGAAGGACUUUGGCUCCAUGGCGAUUGAACUGUUUGUGUGUGCUCUGAGCGCCAUUCAGUAAUAAUGGGCGCUCAGAUCUGAGCUAUCUGGGGAUAUGCUGAAUGUACCUGUUUUGUGCAAUGGCUGCACAGUUAUAUAUUUUUAUGUGUUUUAUUGUCUUUUGCUGCCAUAUGUUCAAUGGAGUUUUGCCUCUGUCCUUGGAGAUAAUUGGAUUACUUCCCAAUUAUCUCCAGGACAGAAGACUCUGUGGAACUGGUUUUGGGCAGAAAAGCCAUGCUUCAUUUGGUCACAAAGGACUUCAAUCUAUCAUUUGAACCAAUGGACCAAUUUGGAUGAUUUUGACAUAUGUUUGUAUUUGGAGUAUGCUGAUUCUGAAAAUGUGAUGCAUACUUUUCAAGUUAUGAAUAAUGUGGAAAAACUGCAUUUCUCUGGUUGUGAUAAUUACAUUACCCAUUCGUGUAGUUUGCAGUUCGGGAGAUUGGUGAUUGCAGUAGCUGUCUGUGCAUCUGAAAGGGGAAUAUCGCCUAAACGGUUUUUAACCUCUUGUGGGCAAAACGGUCCAUUACAAUCUUCUACCUCAUUCAGACCAGAAGCAGCUGCAGCCCAAUAUACUUUUCAAGCAGCCAACCAGGCAGAGUCUGAGGUAAAACUUUGGCGUCCUUUUAAUGCACGACUCCAAUCAGGACAUUGGCCCUGAGCACGAGCUAACGGCUAAACUAGCAGCUCAUGCACCCUGCACUUAACCCCUCUCGCGCUGCUCCUAGCAAAAAUUCAGCCGCUCUUUUCUUGCCCCAUCAAACCCCAUGAGACUGCUCUUUAUAUUUGUCCUCCUGAGUCAAAUUCCAGAGCUGAAAAAACGCUUGCGCUGUGCUCCUGCACAGCAAAAGCAUUUCAGCCAAUCAGGUAAUCUGGAGAGCCGUGCUGAGCGCGGGAGUCCUGAUUACCUCAGAUUCUUAAAAUUACAUCUUUGAUGGAGGACCCCAUAUCUGUGCCUGCCACAGAUUUAGUGGAUGCCUCUCUUAAAAGCAGCCUCAUCAAUGUUAGAAAGCUAUAUAAGAGAGCUUUCCUUGCCAAGGAUCUAUCUUCUUCAUCUUCUUAGGAGGGCAUGGUCCCAGUUUUACAUAAAAAGAAUAGAGAAAGGUGGCUGGUCUCUUCUGCCAGUUCCUCGUCUGAGGAUAAUUUUUAUGCUCCUCUUUCCCCUCAUACUUAUUUGAGUUAGCGCAAAAUUAAGGGGACAGAAUCCCAAAAGAGGAAUAGUGUGUUUCCUUCGUUUGAGCACCAGAAACACCUUCCAGAGAAAAGGGACAAAUCUCGCUGGAGAUUAGAUAGGCCUUUUCCUUCCUCUUCUAGAGCAUUUGCGCAUUCUUCCUCCCUUAACUAUUCCAGUUCUAGAUACGGCUCUCCGGAAAUAGACUGGGAAUCUGAGGAAGUGGUACAUUCAGCAGCUUCCACUGAGUGAGGUAAACUUUGCAACGUUCAGAUGGCUAGAUUGAGUCGAAUAGGAAAGACUCUCCCAUCAAAAUUAUUUCACUCCAGAUGGACUAUGGAGCACAAUUCUGAGGUUAGAGAUUUUGGCAAACUAGCCAUUAGAUCCUGUUGGUUAAGGAGGAUGACCUUCUCCUCGGGAACCACAUUGGUAUCCCGGACAUCCAGGCUUUAAUGGCUCCUGAGGUAGAUCCUGCUCUGUUAUCUAUCACAAGGAGCAGUUUAUCUACAGAUCCCACAGACCAGACUUUUCGUAAUAUACAGUUUAAAAUUACGGAUGCUGUGGGCCCACUAUUACUGAUGCUGGAUAAAGCAGAAAAAGAAGGAACUGCUCAGAAACCUUCUGCUUCAUCUCUCCUGGUCUCUAAGAUGGCUUUAUUAAAAGAGUCCGGCAGGGCAGUGCUAAUUAUUGGCCAAUCUUUAAUUACAUCUCAAACGUUCACAGAAUACGCUGGCUCCACGCAGCAGUAAUGUCUGACCUAGCUACUAAAUCUCACGAGUUCCCAAAUUUGGAAGAUUCUUACCUUUUCAGUCCCUCAUUCAUUCAGCAGGUUAAAGGCCGAUAUAAAGCAAGGAGAUAUUUUUCAGAGAUCAUAAGUCCUUUCCUGGCUACCAGAAGCCUUUUCGGACAGAAGGUCGCCCCUAUUUGUCUGCAGGAAGGUCCCGAGAAGCAUCUCACCAGGCCCAGUACUGACACUACAGUGGAAAACACAAGCUCCCAGGUGGUAGUAGAGUAGCUCAUUCCAGAGGAGGUCCAGCUUCCAAGAGAAAGCCUAUGCAUUGAAGUAAGUGUGCCUCCUCGCACGCCACUAAAUUGGAAGGAUAUUUCUUUAGACAAAUGGGUGGUAAAGAUUUUUCAAAGGGGUUUACAACUCCCCCUUUUAAGGUUCCAUGUUCACAGGUUUGCACACAGCAGAUAGGUGAGCCCAGUGCUAGAUGCUUCCCUUUCCCUAGCUGUAAAUCAAGAGAGUAUAGAGUUGGCAGACAUGUCUAUCACAGGAUGGGUCAGUACGUUGUUUCCAAUCCCAAAAUCAGACGGUUCCUGGAGACCAGUUCUAAAUGUGAGGUCUCUGAAUGCUUUUACGAAGAGAAAAAGGUUCAGGAUUUAGUGUUUAUCAGAUCUUCCAGGUUUAGUACAGGGAAAAAAAAUUCUGCAUAAAGUUAGACCUAAAAGGUACCUUCCAUUCACUCCCUAUAGCAAAGAAACACAGGCAUUCCCUCAAGUUUCAGUGGAAAGGAAAGAUUUGGUAGUGGACUGUUAUUGGCCUUUCCAAUUCACCAUACACAUUAUCCAGAAUAAUGAAAUCAGUGAUAGCCCAUAUCAAACUAAAAGGUUACAUAUGUCUGUACUAUCUAGACGACAUCCUGCUCAUGCACCCAGAUGGGGAAGUCCAUGCUUCUCAGAGAGACUAUCUUGCUUCCCUUUUACAAGACCUAGGAUUUGUAGUGAAUUUACAGAAAUCAAUCCUUAUUCCAACUCAAAGCAUUCUCUUUCUGGGUUUUGUACUGAACACAAGGACUAUGUCACUAGGAAUCCCUCAGGUCAAAUGGGACAAAUUAUUGGUACAUCUGACCUCAUCUCUUAAGCACCAGAGUUGGUCCUUGAGAGAUCUGGCAAAGAUUAUUGGGAAAUUAAUAGCGUUAACACCAGCCUAUGACGAUUUCCCUUUACGUUGCAGAAGAAGUCAGCUGUUUUUUAUUGUUUAAGACAGGGUGGCCAUUGGGAAUCAAAAUUCUUUCUCCCCAAGAAGGUCAGAGAAGAGUUGAAGUCUAUUCUGGGUUUAGAAAUCCCACUUACUCGUCCCCUGUUAGAGCAGCCGUUUGUGGUUACUCUGACGUCAGAUGCCUCAAAUCACGGUUGGGGUGCAUUUACAACCCAAAACGCGAUAAGAGGAAUCUGGUCAGACCAAGAGAGCCUCAUUCAUAUAAACAUCAUGGAGUUAAGAGCAAUAAAAUUAGCUCUCCAGGGCCUAGUUCCUCUAAACCAGUUACAUCGGUAAAAGUCCAAUUGGACAAGAGGACAAAGGGGGCACAAGAUCAAGGGAUUUUUGUUUGCAGGCUCUAGAUCUUUGGUCUUGGGCUUUAUCAAACAAAGUUCGGGUUUACGCAGAAUACGUUCUGGGAGAGGCGAACAAGCUCGCAGAUUCUCUCUCUCGCCAGAGUUUGUCUCUGUCAACGGUUCAAUUAAAGAUUGCUCUAUUCCAGUGGAUAGAAAGCAUUUUUGGCCAGAGACAAGUAGAUCCCAAACUUCUUCACAAGAUCCCAGGUUUGUCUCCAGGAUUUGGAUAAAGGGAGCUUGGAAAAUGAAUGCACUGUCUUUCCAAUUGACAGAUGUUCCAGUCCCUUAUGCCUUUCCCCCUCCUUUACUGAUGAAAGUGCUGGAGAAAAUCUGCAGGGACAGGGUACAGAGUUUAGUUCGCAUUUACCCAGUAUGGACCUCCAGAUCCUGGUACCCCUUGAUCCAUAAGUUAGUCAAGGGAACCAAGAUCCCAUUGGGCAUGACUAUGGACUGAUUUCAGGGAACCAGCGAUCUUUUGCUCACGCUUCCGCAGCUGAUGUGGAUCGCAGCCCUGGUAGGCUGUUAUUGCAUCCCCUUUUAUAAGAUCAGGUCCUGGACAUCAUUAAUUUAUCUUUAAGACUCAGAACUAGGGUAAGAUAUAGAAAGAUUAUUGAGAAAUUCAAAGAAUUGGAGGUUUAUUUUCUAUCUACUUCUCAGGGAUCUGAUACCAUUCCAUUGGCUUUAGAAUUUCUGACCCUUAAGUUCCAUUCUGGCUUAGCGGUCAGUACCAUCAAGACCUAUGGAUCUGCUUUAAAUUUCCUUAUCCCUAACCUUACUAAGAAUGCCCUGUAUUUGAGAUUACUAAAAGGGUUAUCAGGCUGCCCAUAUACCUUAUGUUAUACAUCUACUUGGGAUGUAGACCUAUUAUUAAAUUUCCUUAAUUCUAUAGAUGGACUGUUUUUAAGUUGGUUUAUCUGCUCUCUUUGGCCUUGGCACUAGAGGAGCUGAGUUAACUCAUCUAUAUUUUAGAACUGUGGUUGUCCCGGACCCUGGGAGGGUUCCAUAUUAUACUAAGAGGGGGACAAACAACUUCCCAUAUUUCUCCAGGUCCAGUGGAAUUGGAUUUGGUUCAAGAUCCUUCUGAACCAGGCUUAUGUUUAGUCAGUCUGUUACAAUCCUACCUUGACUUUUCUGCUGCUGUCAGAAAUGAUAUCAGUCAAUUAUUUAUUACAUCUUCCUUGUCGCCAUGUCUUCGGCUGGUAUUGAUGUUUCUGUGUUCAAAGGCCACUCAAUUAGGGGGGCCUCGGCUACUAAAGCUGCAACAAAGGGCCUUCCCCUCCCUAUUAUCUUAAAAGAUGCAAGGUGCUUGUCCAGUAAAACCUUUGUUAGAUUUUACUAGAGGCCAUCAGACGUUGAACGCCUUAAGUUUCUUAGGACCACCACCAGGUGUGUGCUAUUCUACCGACCCGCUUUGCUAGGUGGUUAUGCCUCCCAGAGGACAAAUCAGAGUUUGCAGGAAUCUAUGAUAUGCAAACUUUCUUUGUCCUCGGGUUGAGCAUAACCACCUAGCAAUAGCGCCUGUCCCACCCUCCCCACGUGUAAGGGUUUUACAUGCUGGUGGUAGUUUGUUUUUCUUUACAUAAGGUUAUCUUGUCGUUAUUCCGUCUAUUUCUAACUGCUUUCUGUUUUUUACAGAUUAUAAUCUUACUCCAAGACAAGACCAACAAACCAAGGAUCCAUCUAAGUAGGAAGAUUGGAUGCUAGUAGUAUCUGCAAUAUAGAAUUCUGAUGUGCUCCAUGCAUAAAGGAUCUGCUCUUAGAAUCUUAUUACAACAUUUUAUUUAUCUUUACAGAACUUAUUUUGUUGCAAUUUACGAUGUUCCAGUUUCAGUGUCUUUUUGAUACUUUCUUAAGCUAAUACAUUGUUGCCUUGUUAUCAGUUUAGCUGUGUGCAUUAUGCAAAUGUUUUCAAGUCCAUCUAAUGUCUUUACGACUUAUUAAAUAUUUUCUUGUUUCCCUUUACUAUCGGGUUCUUGAAUAAUAUUUUUGUUUAGAUGUUUAAGUUUCUCUACCCUUUUUUUUUUUUUGUGGUAUAUUUUACCUGUCACGGGUGGCGGUGCUUAGACCGGGGCCCCUGUAUGUCUGAUGAUGAAGAUAGGAGUCACAGCGUGGAAAUGGACUAUCAGGGCCUGUUGCAGGGUAACAACACGCACCCUGGUGUUGUGCACCAGCGUUUGUGCGGCCACAUACCAGGGCCCUGAUGCAGGAGCUAGAUGGUAAUAUGCAGACCUUCCAGGAUCUGGAUAGGGAGACUCUGCAGAAGAAAUGUAUUCAGUACUCGAAACAAGGCAACACUAAAACAGGCACCAAACAAGAUAACAAGACAAGACUAGAAGAACCCAGAACCGGAGCAGGACAGAAAGCAGAACCCAGAACAUGUACACGAUACAUGAGGGAAACAUUAACAGGACAUGGACAGGACAGGACUUAUUUUUGGGAAUACAAGACAAAAUAAAACAAGACAAGAGGAGACAUAACUAAGUACAAUACAUGUAAUAAACAUUGAAGAUUUAGACAUCCAUAAAUGGUCAAGAUGUAUGCAGCCCACCACUGCGCCAAAGUACUCCAAUUACAGUGGGUCCUAACUGCCUAGAUAUGCAUGACCACACAUAGUACUUACCUGCAAAGAAAAGAGCUAAGGAUAUGAGACCACUGCUUGCAGGAACAGACUGAAACAAAAAAAGGAUUAAUGGCAAAGGAAUGGGUGUGGCAAAAAAACAACAACAAGCAUUUAAAGGAAUCCUGGAGACUGGGAAUUCCAGGAACGGAAUAAAGGAAUGAACCCAGAAAACCCAACAUAAAGAAAACCAGACACAGAAUAGAAAACCAGAAAAACCAAGAAAAACUAAACAAGAAUUGUAAAAAGAGUACUGGAUACCAGAAGCCAAGGUCAGACCUCUACACAGAAUGGAACAGGUCGUGACAUUACCCCUGUUUUGGGUAAUAUAUAUUCUCAGUACCUCAUGGGAUGAGCUAACCAUCCUCAGUUUCCCAAUAUUAAAAAUCUGUCGUAAUCAGGAUUCCCAUGCUCAGCAUGGCUCUCCUGAUUACCUGAUUGGCUGAAACGCUGUUGCUGUGCACAGCGCAUGCGUUUUUCAGCUCUGACCUUUGACUCCAGGAGGUUGCUGCAUACCCACUUGCUUUGUACCUAAGACAAAGAAAGUUUUCAAAUCAUAGAUUCCUGCAAACUCUGAUGUCUGCAUGCCUUUCACUCUGCGUUGUGGGUCACAGAGUCAAGGUGCAUAAUAGUGUGAUUGUGAAUGCUUCUAAUAAAGAGCUUGCAAUUGUAGUUGGAAUAUUAAGGUUGAACAUUGUAAGAAGGCACCAAAUAACAAUUUACAUAGAAUGGCAUUUGUUGUGCGUCAUCUUAACCAUGAGCCAUCGAUAAUCUCUGAGAGAUAUAUAAUACACAUAUCUAGGAUUUGUAACAGAGGUCAGAUCUUUGUUAUAUUUUACUGAAAGUCAUAUGCUCUUUUUACUAACUGUUUCUGCCUAUUUUCCAUAUAAUUUAAGUAAAUCUACAACUUUUUGAUUUAUUAUCCUGUUUGUCACUGUAACACCAUGUCUCCACUUUACGGAUUAUAGCUGGUUUCAACAUUGUUUUGAACAUUAUUAAGCAGUCAAGGUUGGUAGAAUUCCAUUUUAUGUCAAACUGUUCCCAAUCAUACAGUAACGAUGCAAGUACAUUCUGCAGCUCUCUGAUUUCUACGACCCUUUUCCAUUAACCAAUAUAUAAUGUGUUAUGUAAGAAUCUCUAAUAAGAAUACCUGUUGUUUUUGCUUAUUAAUAGGGUCGCUGCCUGAAGUAAAAUGUCGAAAUGUAAAUCCACCAGCAUUGGGGGAGACAGCAACUCUAAUAUGUGAAUUCUCAUCGUCACUAGAUGUCCUGCAAGUAACAUGGCAGGUGGACAAAGAUCAGAAACCACAAACCAUUGCAACCUACAGCAAAAAGUAUGGGGUGAAAAUUGUGAACUCUAUGGCUAACUAUAAUCUUAUUAGUCACAAAGAAUCGAACAUAUCAACCAUCACUAUCUCGGAUUUGAAAAAGCAAGAUGAAGCCUGUUAUGUUUGUAUCUUCAAUGCAUUUCCUCAUGGAGCCUACAAAAGCGAGAUUUGCCUGACGUUUCCCAAUGAGUCAGGUACACACUCGCACUCAAUUCCUCUUCUUUCUAAAACUUGUACCUUCCCAGGAUUUUUAAAAUGUUUACUUAUCCCAUAUAUUUAAAAAAAUGUUUGAAUAAACAUUGUGGGGGCGUAAUUGCCAUCAUGACACAUAAUGAAAGUUGGUGAUUUUUUUUCAAAUGUAACAGAGAACAGGGGAAAGGGGAUAAGAGAUAAAGAAAUCAGUGAAAAAUCGAGAACUGAAGAGGUGUAGUAAAAGUCUGUAAAGUGUAUCCAAUAGCCAUAUUAUCACAUGCAUCACAACACUCUUAGACACAGCACUUUGAAAUUAUACACUUUGGCAGACCCUGGUAACCCUCGGUGCCCCUGAGAUGGCAGCUUCACAUAAAAUGUAAUUAGAAAAAAGUAAUUCCUUUGCAGGUGGUUAACUUUUUAAAGCACCAUGACCAGUUCAGUGAUUUGAAGUGGUCAUGGUGCCUGUAGUCUGUAUGUGCAGUGACGUUGAAAUGAUGUACAUAGAGAGAUUAACUCCUCUGCUCUCAUAGGCCCAUGCAGCAUUAUUGAGUCUAGAAAUGGUUCCGGACUGGCUAAUAUCAAUACUGUGGAAAAAUGAUGUCUGACAUUAGCACGCACUGUAUGCUGGAACCAGACAGUCAAUGGCAGGUCACCUUGCCCGACCCCUAUGUGCCAACUGUGUCCUCUCCUAAUCCCACCCUUCCUCAGGGCUACCACAGAUGGGGUUACUCUAACCAAAACCAAUGUUGUCUUAAGUCUUUACUUAGGAAGUGUCAUGUUAAAUUGUCAUGCUUGGGUCACCUUUAUGUUGUCAGCUAAUUUUCACUGGAAUCUUACAUUAUGUACCCCUAAAUUCAGAAACACGCACAGUUAUACAGCUCAGACACCUCAUUCAAUGAAUAGGGGGUAACAUAAACCAAAUCAUAUGGCAGAGCUUGUUGAAAGGACAGACAAUUACAGUUAAAUCUUAACCAUUAAUCAGGAUAAAUUCAGUGUAUUGACAAGAGCAGGGGUGUCCAAACUUUUUUCUAAGAGGGCCAGAUUCUCUGUCCCUUCUCUCUUUAUUCUGUCCCUUCUCUCUUUAUUCCGUCCCUUCUCUCUUUAUUCUGUCCCUUCUCUCUUUAUUCCGUCUCUUCUCUCCUUAUUCUCUCUUCUCUCUUUAUUUUGUCCCUUCUCUCUUUAUUCCGUCCCUUCUCUCUUUAUUCUGUCUCUUCUCUCUUUAUUCUGUCUCUUCUCUCUUUAUUCUGUCCCUUCUCUCUUUAUUCUGUCCCUUCUCUCUUUAUUCCGUCUCUUCUCUCCUUAUUCUCUCUUCUCUCUUUAUUUUGUCCCUUCUCUCUUUAUUCCGUCCCUUCUCUCUUUAUUCUGUCUCUUCUCUCUUUAUUCUGUCUCUUCUCUCUUUAUUCUGUCCCUUCUCUCUUUAUUCUGUCCCUUCUCUCUUUAUUCCGUCUCUUCUCUCCUUAUUCUCUCUUCUCUCUUUAUUUUGUCCCUUCUCUCUUUAUUCCGUCCCUUCUCUCUUUAUUCUGUCUCUUCUCUCUUUAUUCUGUCUCUUCUCUCUUUAUUCUGUCUCUUCUCUCUUUAUUCUGUCUCUUCUCUCUUUAUUCUGUCCCUUCUCUCUUUAUUCUGUCUAUUCUCUCUUUAUUCCGUCCCUUCUCUCUUUAUUCCGUCUCUCUUUAUUCCGUCUCUCUUUAUUCCGUCUCUCUUUAUUCUGUCUCUCUUUAUUCUGUACCUUUUUAUUCUGUCCAAUCUCUGUUUUUCUGUCCCAGCAGGGAGAAGGAACCAAAUCCCCUGAAUCCCAUGAUGUCCACGAGAUCCCACGACGUCCAAGAGAUUGCAAGAACGCAGACUGAGGUCACUGCACGUCCAUCUGCAUUCUCGCAAUCUCUUGGCCCCCAGUGAAUCCCUGAGUGCUGGUCAGAACCGCAGCGUUCAAAGAUCCAGAGAUCCCAGGGGUCCUGAGCGGCGCAGGGGUCCUUAGCCAAACUAUCUGUGGGGACGUAUUAAACCAGAACACUGUUAUAUGUUGGAUGUGUGUGAUACUUGUAAUGGGUGUAUUAACAGUGUGUGAUAUGCGUGUAUUAGUUGUAUGGGAUAUUUGUGCUGGGUUUAUUGCCUGUGUGUGAUGGUUAUUUAAUUCAGAUAAAAACAUGCAUUUAGGCCUGUGUAUAAAUGCAGGUGUAUAUUUUUGCAGAGUUAUGUGCACACAGUCCCACAGUCAGAGGCACACAGUUAUACAUAUACACUGUCAAAUCCACCACAUGCACAUAGUCGCAGGCAGAUAGUCACAUACACGGGAUCAAGCAGAAACACACAGGUACAGGCAGUAACACACAUACUCAAUUACUGGCAGACAGCCACACACACACAGGCAGACAGCCACACAUACUGUCUUACACAUACUUACAUGCAGACAGUCACACACACACACACAGACAGAUACACACACUGGCAGACAGCCACACACAUACACACAGACAGCCACACACACACACACACACACACACACACACAGAGAGAGACACAGGUAGACAGUCACACACCCACAGACACAGGCAGACAGUCAUACACACACAGACAGUCAUACACACACAGGCAGACAGUCAUACACACAGACACACACACACACAGGCAGACAGUCAUACACACAGGCAGACAGUCAUACAAACAGACACAAAGACACAGGCAGACACACACACAGGCAGACAUAUACACACAGGCAGACAUAUACACACAGGCAGACAUAUACACACAGGCAGACAGUCAUACACACAGUCAGACUCAUACACACACACACACAGGCAGACAGUCAUACAAACACAGACACAGGCAGACACACACACAGGCAGACAUAUACACACAGGCAGACAGUCAUACACACAGGCAGACAGUCCCACACACACAGGCAGACAGUCAGACUCAUACACACACACACACACACACACACAGGCAGACAGUCAUACAAACAGACACAGGCAGACACACACACAGGCAGACAUAUACACACAGGCAGACAGUCAUACACACAGGCAGACAGUCCCACACACACAGGCAGACAGUCAGACUCACACACACACACACACACACACAGGCAGACAGUCAUACACACAGACACACACAGGCAGACAGUCACACACACACACACACACACACACACACAGACAGUCACACUCACACAUAGUUACCUCUGUUCAUUGUGGAGGCAGACAGGCAAUGCAGCUCCUGGAGACUGUUUGUUGGGGAAGCAGGGACUCCUUCCUGCUCCCCCUGUAGCAGUUAUCCUGCACAUUUAGCUCCGCCCCGUCACAGGAAGCUCCGCCCCAUCACAGGAAGCCCCGCCCUGCCAAAUGGGAAGCUCUGGCCCUUGGCCAUGUGCGAGCUGUGUCGGCUGUCAGGGCACCCCCUGCUCCAUGGCGCCCUGUGCGGCCGCACAGCUCGCACACCCCUAAGGCCAGCCCUGGAUAGCCCGGCAUGUUAGUGCAUCGACUGUACUGUGAUGGCUUUGUCCCUCUGUUCCUGAUCAAGUGUUUUGAAGUAAAUAAGGUUUCAGCCAAAUUAAUAUAAGCUUCAUAAGUGGCCUAAUAUAGGAUACAAUUUAAUGUUUUUGAAUAAUCUUUUCCAAUUAUUUAACUUUUUUUUAAUAAACUUUCAAAAUGUAUUUCGUAUUCUCAAAAGUGUUUGUAAAAAAAAACAAAAAACUAUAGUGUUUUCCUAGCACUGUAGCUCCCUUUAGUCCCCCUCCCCAUUCCCAGUGAUUCCAGUGCUGAUAUCACCUCAGCCAACAGGGGGACAGUGGGACCUUGAGAGCCGCAAUUGCAUUAGGACUUCCUUCAUAUGACUUCCCUCAAAGGAAAGCUUAUACAUUGUUGGAUGUCCAGCAUCAGUUAGGUGACCAAAAGUCGACUAACCACCCGAUAGUCCCUCUAGAGGCUGUCUAGUAGAUAGGCACUAGAGGUGGAGUUAACCAUCCAAUGUAACAAUUGCAGUUUAUCAAAAACUGCAAUAAUUAGCUUUGCAGGGUUAAGGGACCUGGGACUAUGCACCCAGACCACUUCAAUGAGCUGAAGUGGUCUUGAUGCCUUUAGUGUCCCUUUAACUACUGAAUAGGCAGUUCAUACUGAUGGCUAAUCUUAUCAAAAGAUUAAUCUAUCAGGUCUUUCACUAUUAUCUAUCCCAGCGGUUCACCAGCCAGCAGUUCCCCUGCUGUCCCCAUCCCAGGGGCACUGCAAUGUGCACACAGGGGUGCCGCAAAAUGUUUCCCCAAUGCUAUGAUUAUAGCACCAGCUGUCAAGGUGUGUGUUUUUAUGUCAGUGUGUGUAUUGGUGUCAUGGUGUGGGCAUCAAUCUUUGUAUGUGUCACGGUGCAUGUGUGUAUGUCGGUGUGUAUUUAUUUGUGUCUAAUUGUCGGUGUGUAUCUAUGUGUGUGUAUGUGUCGUGUCUAUAUGAAUUUGUUUGUAUGUGUCGGUGUAUUUAUAUGUAUCUGUGUGUUAAUGUGCAUGAAUAUCUGUGUAUGUAUGUAUGUGUUAGUGUAUGUGCAUACAUCCAAUCAGUCCAACACCAGCACAACAUACAAGCACACUCCUGCAAUCUAACACAAAUGUUACAUACAAACACACCCCUGCAAUUUUAAACUUUCCAUUUACCUAUUCUUACCAUCAAUUUCUAGCAUAGCUUCCAUUUAUCUGCCAGGUGUAUAUCUUAUCAUGCCACAUUUAUUCUUUUGCAUUUACGUAUUUUAAGUCACCACGUAAGUGACUCGCUUUACGUUACUACCUCCAUUCUUACAAUAACCACGCGCUCUACAAAACUUAUCUUUAGCUUGGACUGGCUGUUAGGGUACCCUAAGUGGCCAUAAGUAGUUUUCGGCUUCUUGUGCCAUUAUAUAGCUAUCCUGCGAGGCCAACUCCCAUUGUCAACUACGGAGGUAUUCGCCCCUCGGGCCAAAUCAUAGUUACUGCCUCGCAUCUCCGCCCUCUUAGCAAAGCAGCCAGGGCCUCACCUGUCACAGCCAACUUAUUUUGAAUCUUAUUUUGAAUCUCUCGGCCAACACCCCGCCACAACGUUCGGUGGCAAACAUACCCAACGGGCCAAAUCAUAGGUAGAGCCUCUCAUCGCCACUUGACAACUAAUUAGGUUCCCAAGUCACCAAUUUAGCUUAAUUGUUUCACCACUUGGAAUAACAUAGGUCAGCCAGUAUCUUUGUGUUACAGAGUAUCUCCCACUAACCAAUUUUCCCUUUCAGGUAUGGUUAUAAAUGCUGAUAAAAUGUAUUGAUGGUUUAAUGUAGACACGUAUUAAGGUGUUAGACUAUUAACUUUUUGCCCUCUUUUUACAGGCCUACCCGAAUGUAGGUUCCGGCACACCACAACCGACUUGUUCACCACUAACAUAACUUGGCUUAUUGUCCCUGACCACAAAUAUAUAUAUAUAUAUAUAUAUAUAUAUAUAUAUAUAUAUAUAUAUAUGCAAACACACCCCUUCACUCAAACACAAAUAUUUCGCAGAAAUGUACCUCCACAUUUAAAAGUGAACAUUACAUUCAGACACACCCUGCAAUUAAACAUUACAUGCAAACACACCCCUGUAUUAAAACACAAUAAAUGUAUACAAGCACCCCUUCAAACACCAACACUGUACAUUACACUAUAGCGCCAGUAAAUGCUGCAGCGCUGUACAGAUAUACAACCUAGAAAUUUGACUCGGGGUGCAUUGGAAAAAUAAUGAAAUAUUAAGGGCGCCUUGACCCUAAAAAGAUUAGGAACCACUGAUCUAUCCCCUUUUGACUGAGUGUUUGCUUAGUUUUUUCAUGUUCGAGAUACCUGGGGGGGAGGGGGUGUUUGGAGGGUACACAUACUGAGUAAUAACUCUUGUUAUUUUACAUAAUUUAUCUCCAGCGCAUGUAACAAUAUUAUUCCAACAUUAUAAACACACUGUAGCCCAGAGGGUUCCUUUGUUAUUGAUCAGUAACCUUGUAUUAUAUACUAGUAAACCCAUAAGGCUGGAGGCUCUAACACACACACACACACACACACACACACACAAACUUCUCUUGCCCUUUUGUAUAUAUUUUGGUUUGUAUUAAUAUUCGUAUAGUUUUUUUUUUUUUCUCUAUUUAACCCAUAGAUCCCUCAGAAUUCAGCAAACUGCAAUACUUAAAAGCCCGCGGAGUGAAGCCGGAACAACUGGGUAAACUACGAAAGCAGUCUUUUCUGACCAAUAACUAGAUCCAUAGCCAAGACUCUGGAACAGAUUCUCUUUCUGUAUAAACUGUAUUAUAAAUGUACCCGCAUAAUAAAAAUAGUAGCGUUAGUCAGAUCACUUUAUCCCAAAUAAUGCAAAUAGGUAAGAAGAGGGGGUAGCACCUUGAUAUAUUUCUUGAUGGUAGAGGUGUUUCCAGAAGUAGUAGAAUAUGUGGAGACAGAAGAUAUAGUAUAGUAUAGUAUAGUAUAUUAUGUGACAAAAAUAAGAAAAAUAGGAAUUGCACUCACAGUUUGUAGAGCUGGGAUAGCUCUAUCUAGUUGCACCUGGGCAGUGUAAUCCCUGCCUAAGGAUAUAUGGUCUCUUCUUAUAGUAAAGUGAAGUAGUGCAAAGAAUCUUCAACUGGAUACAGUAGGUCAGGAUGAUAUCAGCCUUAUGGGCUCACUGGCUUGUUGAUAAGUAGGUUGUAUAUGUAAAACACAGAAUAAAAAAUAUUGUGCUUACGAAUGCAUAUAAAUGUUUUUGAUAAUAAAAUAGGAGACGUACUCACAAGUAUGGAGUGAAUUAGGGUAUUGCUCACUGCACAGCGCUCAGUUAAGGAAUAUAUGGUCCCAGGCUCCGCAAACAAUCAAGGUGAAGUCCAAUAAAGUAAAAAUAUUUAACUAUUUUAUUGGAUUUGCUAUUUAACAAAACAAAUUAAAAAAUAAUAUAUUAACUAGAAAAAUACACUUAACGUGUCUCGCCUAUCCUGGGAAAGCAGUGCAGAUUUUACUGCUGAUGCCUUAGCCCACUUGGCUAUCUCACCUUAAAUGUUAAUUUUUAUAAUAUACUGCUCCAGUGCAAUUAUGUAUAUUUUAUUGGUAAAUUGUUUUGUAUUAUUUGUUUUAACCCCUUAAGGACACGUGACAUGUGUGACAUGUCAUGAUUCCCUUUUAUUCCAGAAGUUUGGUUCUUAAGGGGUGAAAGACACAAUCUUGAAAUUGGAUAAUCAGUCACAUGACCUGUGAUGUCGUGUUAGUUAGGUUCAGAUUUGUACACUAUAAAUACUGUGAAGUCCUGUGUAACACUUUUGAAAAAUAACAUUAGUUAGAUGAAAAGAUCCAAACAUGUGCUAGCAAUUCUGUUAAUAUAACAUCAACAAAACGUUGUUAUAGCUUUUCUAUUUUAUAUUUCUAGCUAAUCUUGUACCUGUGUUAGUUACACUUUAAACUCUGGGGUGGAUUCAAAGAACAAAUAAAAUUUUAACAAAUUAUAAUUUGAUCUAUUUUUCUAGAUGUGACUCGAAAUGAAGUCACGUGUUCCUCCAAUGACAUAAAUAUUAUUACAAUCGGUGUGAAACCUCGAGAAAAAAUAGAUGAGGAGGCCAAAGAACCGACAUCAAGUGAUGAAGAAACAAAAGUAAUUUUUAAACGUAAAUUCACAUAUGAAGAUCCUGAACUACAACCAUCCUGUAAUUUUUACACACAGAAGCUCAGUACAAGUAAGAGUCCAGGCAGAUGCCGAAUUAUAAUUUUUCAAUGAUUUCUGCUACUCCACCCACAAUUUAAAAUCCCCCUUGGGGGAAAAAGCAGGGAUUCACGUGAUGGAAAAUUGAACACUGUGAUCAUGUAAAGAUAGUAUGGGAGAAGUCUCAUAGGGGUAUAUUGCCAAUUGAAAAGAGUGUAACGGUUUUAAGAGUAGAGCAUCACCAUGGAAACAGUGGAAUCUUCCUAAAUGAUGCUAUUCAUUUCUAUAUGGAUUGCUCCAUUUAUAAAAACAUAAGGAGGCGAAAAGAAGGGGAGGAUCAGAGGUAGAAACUGUUUCAUACCGCACAAACCUGACCUUUAGAAAUGAAGAAGCAACCCAUAAGUAAAUGAUUAAAAAAUAACCUUAAGUGAGUAUAAAAUAAAAAAAACAACAACAAAAAAAACACACCUGUGGGUUUAAAAUAAGUACAAAUUUGUAUAACAAGUACUAAAUACCAAAGAUAAUAAAUGGUGCUGAGAAUAAGUAAAGACACCAAAAGGUGGAUAUAGCUGAAAAAGGGUGGGGAGAAGGAAUAAAUACUGACUGCAAGAUCGCAGACAAAGGAUAAAUGCUGGGAAGGUAGGAGGAUAAACAAGGAAAGGACUGCAAAGACAGAUAAUAUCUAUGCCCUACCGUGCCUUCAAGGGCACCCCUUAAAGUCUAAACCUCCAAGCCUCCCAGAGUCCCAGAAACAUACAACAUAAAGUAAACCUAACCCCUUUCCCCGUUUACCAUCAGCAAACUUAAUACAAAUUAAUGAAAAAUUUCAGUAAAAAUCUAAUGCUAAAAUCACAGCAUGGUGGCUUGUCUAAAUCUUAGAAAAUAGCUGCAGCAUCAUCCCUAAUCUCACUGUCAACCACUGCUCAAACUGUCCUGGCAUGCGUUUCGCCAAAUAAUGGCUCUUUGAUUUCAGAGGGUUGCGCUGCAACAUACAAUGAACUGUCUUUUUUUUAAGCCACAACCUUGACCUGUGCUAGCAGUGAUGUUUAUACAGUUAUGUAUAACGUUUCUCAACCUCCUUAGUCUUAAAACAGAUCCCCUUUAUAAUGACAGUUUGCCCUUCUACUUGGGCUGAUAAUGUGUUCUCCAGCAGUACCAGUGACCAGUAUGUGCCAUGGACUAUUUAAUUUGAACACUAACUUAUUGUUUCGAACGCCUUGGCAAAAUCCAAGUAGAUCACAUCCAUUGCAACACCGUUGUAACGGAUCACCUGGCACCCCGACUGGGUACCUCCGUUGAAGGAUGCUCCUAGCGCUUACAGAGGGCUCCAAGCGCUCCGCAGACACCACAACCACCGCAGACCCCACGAACCGCCUUCAGAGAGUGAAGCAGGAACAAGAGCUUAGAAGUGAUAAUCCAAGGGAGCAUGCAGAGCAUAGCAAUCCCUUGUAGUGAUAUAGCAAUUCCCCCAAUAAGAGACAGGGCUCUAGAUUGAGGGUGAAGAAGAACUCUAUUACUUGGCACCAAAUGGCCUUCUUUUAUGCAGGUUUUCCCUGCAUAGGACCACCCACAGGGUUUUACAGAACAACCAAUAACACACGUACAUUACAGAAAACACUCCCAGCAAUUAUCCACAAAAAUCCUCCCCUCAGCCUGUGAUCUAAUUAUGGCACACAAUGCUUAACAUAAUUAACACAGGCAGGAAAAAUACCGUUUUUAUACAUGUACUAUAACUUUAAAAAUAUACAUCCACUCUUCAUAAAAAUUACAUAUUAUUAAUCAGCAUACUUGAAAUAUAAAACAUUAAUCCCUACACUAUCCUUAACAGUAAAACAGCAUGAAGCCCCAUCCCAGCAUAAACCCUUACCUUACCCUAACCCUACAGCGUCCCUACACUAUCUCUAGCCCUAUCCUUACCCCUAAUUCUAACCCUACCACUAACCAUAGCCCUAAGGGAACCCUCUACUAAUAUCUUUUCUGAUUACAGCAGAUGGGAUUCAUAGUUAAUACAGUAAGGAGUGGUCUGUGAUCUCCAUCUACUGGCUGUUUUCAUAAUUACAUUCGAUCAGGGUUAUAUUCUAAAGUGAGAAUUCAAAAUGAAUUUCAAAUUCAAGGUCAAAUAGUUGAACUGGAAAAAUUCUCUAAGUCGGCAAUGGUUUUCAGUAAACAUAUUUUGCCUUUAAAUUUAAAAUUCACUUUGAAUUCUCACUUUAGUAGAGAAUUCUGUGUGUAAUUAUGAAUGGAGCCUGCUUUCCAGCUGAUUGCACUGUGAUUGGUGGUGAUCAGCUGGCAAUGCCAGCACAGAUCACAAUCGGCUUGUCGACCGGCAAGGAGACCAUGUCAAGUUCUAUUCAGACCCUCCUGACCCUUCACAUACUUUUAACUCUUAAAGGACCACUAUAGGCACCCAGACCACUUCAACUCAAUGAAGUGGUCUGGUGCCAGGUCCAUCUAGGUUUUAACCCUGCAGCUGUAAACAUAGCAGUUUCAGAGAAGCUGUAUGUUUCACUGAGGGUUAAUCCAGCCUCUAGUGGCUGUCUCAUUGACAGCCGCUAGAGGCGCUUCUGCGCUUCUCACUGUGAUUUUCACAGUGAGAAGACGCCAGCGUCCAUAGGAAAGCAUUGAGAAAUGCUUUCCUAUGGACUGACUGAAUGCUCACGUGGCUCUUGCCACGUAUGCGCAUUUGUCGGAAAAGGGAGGAGAGUCCCCAGCGCCGGGGGAGCCCGGCGCUGGAGAAAGGUAAGUGUUUAACCCCUUCCUCCCCCUAGAGCCCGUCGGGAGGGGGGCCAUGAGGGUGGGGGGACCGACCUAUUAACACUAUAUUAUAUAUAUUGAUAAUAUAUUACUAUAUUGAUAAUAAAACUCUGAUCUAAUCUUUCUGCAGAUGAGGAGGAUGACAAAAUCAUCUUUACUAACUGUUCUGUUACUGGAAAAGCACCUAAAAUUAUCUGGGAAAAUGAAGGAAAUCCAGUUAGUACAAUGGAAUAUGAAUUUAGAAAAGAUGGCAUUGUAACAGUUACCAGUGCUCGCGGGUAUUUAAAAUCUUCUCUUUGUGAUAAGGAAAUAAAAUUAACAUGUGUUAUCACCAGCAAGAAUAAUAAAAAAGAUAAGUCAACAGUAUUUUAUAUGAACACCGGGGAAGUUGUUACAUACCACAGUGGAAGACAUAACACAUACCCUUAGAUGGGGAUUGUUGUGUCCUGGUCCAUUAUCUCUAUUGUUCCAUUCAGGCCCAUUAUCUAUUAUACCUACUGGAAGCACAAGCAUCCACCUACUGUGGAUCCACCUACUGUGUCCACCUACAUCCACCUACUGUGUAUUAUCAAUUCUCUAGCCAGGAAGAAAGACCCUUGGCAGGAUUGUUGCUGAUACACGCCCAUGGAACUGACCUAAAGCUCGAUCCACUAUUUGUAUUGUUUGUAACUAUGACAGAUACGUCCUACUUUGCUAAUAUAACCAGUCAGGAUUUGGGAAUAAUGAAGUUUUGUAGUUUGCCUCAUGGAAAUAAACUGUGUCAUGGAUGUGUUUUUUUUGUGUUUUUUCACCACAACUGUUAUAUAAUUAAAUGCAUGUUUAAUUAUUGAAAUCCGUACCUGACCAGCUAUAAUCCUCUUCUUUGUUCAGGUACACAAAACAUGACAGGAUUUCAUCAAUCCCGAUAUAUACCAAUAUCUCUGAUUGUGGUAAUAGCAGCAAUAAUCAUGUCAUCUUUAGUAGGAGCUAUGUAUUUUUCUAUCGAGAGAUAUCAAAUGUAAGUAACAAUACAUUCUCCAACUAUAUAAUUUAGUGUUGUUAAGAGAGAACUUAAUUAUUUAGGUAAUGUGUUCCAGAGAGAUUAAUAAAAUGUAGAAAUUCAUAUCUUAAAGACUCUAAGAUUAACAAAUUCAACUUUAAAACAAUGGAGUAGACACAAGCUAAGUUGGAUGGGUAGAAUUAAUGUUUCAAGAUCUGAUAUUUUUCCCUUUUGGACAUAUCUUUUUAGGAUGUUUCCAGAGUGUUGGUUGGAUUUAAUCCAAUCUAGUUUUUGUAACUUUGUAUGGUGGGGGAAAACAUCCCGGGUCAGAUUUGGCUGUUUAGGACAUUGAGUGAAUCGGGGGAGGGGGGAAUCGGGAGUACAUUUUCCCAAUAUUUAAAAACAUUGAGGCCAGUGUUCCAUACCAUCUACAUUUUAUCAACUAAAGAUUUACUGUUAAAGGAAGCAUGGUUCAGAAUAGAAAUAGAACAUUUGGACAAGGGAGAUAUGAUUAAAACCAUAUGGCAACUAGGGGAAAAAAGGUUUAGUAGAGCAUACGAACAACAAGAUUCUGUUACAUUUUUUUUCAAUAUGAUUUAGGAUUUAGAAGAAAUUGAAUUGUAUGGAUAAAAUAUAAGAAUUGCUUUAACUGAAUGUUCUUAGUUUUCUAAUAGAUACCAUUGAUUAUUUGGAAAAGUAGGAUCAUCAAUAAAAUAAGAGAUAUUAUGAAUAAUGGAAAAAUUAAACUUUUUGUAACAAUGUGAUCUAUCAAAUUAAGACAUAUUCACAUAGUUAAGGAUCAGAUCAUAUACAAGAGGUCAUGGCUUUGUGGGAUCCAAUGAAGUAAGUGUACAUAUGAAGAAUAUCUUUGGAGAGCAACAAUAUCUUAUCAUUCAUUGUUUUACAGCUGUUAAAAUAUUAUUGGCUAGACAUUGGUAACAAAGGAUUGAGAUAACAUAUGUUCAAUGGAAAUCCCAACUCAUCCUCUAGCUAAACAUGGAGAAUUGGAUUAACAAUUCUUCAUCCAAGAAUAAAGUAUUGAGGGGAAAUAUCUCUUUAGAAAACUGUCAUAAUUCUAGAUGAUUAACCCUGUACUUGGGAAGCACUUUAUAAACACUCUCAUGAUUUACCAUUAGGGACACAUAUUUGUGUAUGAUUGUCUUAUUGGGGUGGAGUUAUAUAGUGUGUUAUGUGUUUGUAUAUUUGUGUUAUGUGGAGAUGCAUGUCAUUUUCUUGUCAUCCAAAAAAUGGUAUAAAAAAAAAAGUAAGUAACAAAGGAGCACGCUAAACACCAUUAUAUUACAGGGUGCCUUGAUGGUUAUGGUGUCAGGAGCUCCCUGGCAUUGUCCCUCAGUAAAGGAUUAAACUGUUGGUAAAUGAUUGGACAUUAGCUUGGGUCUCCCUGGGUGCCAGAGCUGUUUCUGAUAACAAUCUGGUUACAGUGGAAGUUCUUUAAAGGACCACUAUAGUGCCAGGAAAACAUAUUCAUUUUCCUGGCACUAUAGUGCCCUGAGGGUGCCCCCACCCUCAUGGUCCCCCUCCCGCCCGGCUCUGGGGAGAGGAAGGGGUUAAACUUACCUCUUUCUCCAGCGCCGGGCGGGGAGCUCUCCUCCUCCUCUCCUCCCUCUUCUCCUCCUCUUCGGCUGAAUGCGCAUGGGCGGCAGGAGCUGCGCGCGCAUUCAGCCAGUCCAUAGGAAAGCAUUCUCAAUGCUUUCCUAUGGACGCUGGCGUCUUCUCACUGUGAUUUUCACGGUGAGAAGCACGCAAGCGCCUCUAGCGGCUGUCAAGAGACAGCCACUGGAGGCUGGAUUAACCCUAACAUAAACAUAGCAGUUUCUCUGAAACUGCUAUGUUUAUAAAAAUAAAUGGGUUAACCCUAGCUGGACCUGGCACCCAGACCACCUCAUUAAGCUGAAGUGGUCUGGGUGCCUAUAGUGGUCCUUUAACCCCUUAAGGACCAAACUUCUGGAAUAAAAUGGAAUCAUGACAUGUCACACAUGUCAUGUGUCCUUAGGGGGUUAAACAUGUAAAUUUUGUGAAGUUUUUUGGGGGGUAUUUGUUGGCUGAAAGUAUCCAUAGUGUUUAUUGUGCUUAAAUUGCUAGUUUAACGCCUCAAGGACACAAGACAUGUCUGACAUGUCAUGAUUCCCUUUUAUUCCAGAAGUUUGGUCCUUAAGGGGUUAAGGAAUUCAUUGACUUUAAUAUGCUUAAAGAAUUAUUCACUAAAAGGAGAAUUGCGGAAAACUUACAAUAGCAAAUUUGCAGCCAAAAGAGUGUUAUUGGCGAAAUACUCCCACUCUUGAAAUUUCUGUCAUCUUUUCAUAAGUCGAAGUAUACUCCUAGAAUUCAUACAUUAAUUGCUAAUUCUUCUGUCAUCCCGUAUACGCAGAACAUAAGAGCCUAAAAGAAGCUGGGGCAGCAACAUUUUCUGGUUUUGAUUGGAAAAUCUAUUUGAAUAAAUAUAAGGUCUCUCCCCUAGCUGUCAAUCAAUUCUUCAAUAUACAAAUGGAAUCAGAAAAUGCUAAAUAGAAAAAGCAAUACAAAGUUUAUAAAUAUUCAUACCAAGUCACAGUAUUUUACAGAAGGAAAGUUAAUAGCAUGUUCUUUAUUAUAGUGUGAAAAGAAAAUACCAGCAAAAGAAAAAACAUAAGGUCUCCAAAGUGACCAUUUUACAUAACUGCACCAAAGAGAGUUAUAUUGGAGCAUUUCCAGGGGCAAAUAAUGCAAUGCAGAUACGUAAGCAAACGUAUCUUACCAUGACUUCCAUGUUCGCCCCAUUCACUCUGUCAGUCUCUUUAGAAGUGCAGUAAAAGGCAUGUUUGGUUAACAAUAGAAAUAUAAUACAAUGCAGGGAAAAUAAAUCUUCAUAUUUAGUAUAAGAGGGAAUUCUUCCAAAAGCAAAUGCAGAUAAGCUAUUGUUAUUUAUCAUAGACGAUGAGCACACGAAAAAAGUCGCAUACAUUGCCGAUAGCCAGUCUGUUGACUUAAGGUGAUUGGGACACUAAAAUUCAGAAGUCAUUAUGGAAAUUGCUGAGUUUAACUAAAGAGAAUACACGAUAACAAUGUGAAGUCAAAUGCUCAUUGGGCACCAAUGCCGAGUCAAAACGCUACAUAAAAGGUUACAUAUACUCUACUUACUAAGAGAAUUCAAAGAACCCAUUGGAACUUACAAAGAACAACGAGGGCCCCCAUUCCUACCAUGACAUGUCCCAUGAAUCCCAAAUAUGAACGGAUGGAGAAGUUUCAAAAUGGCUUUGUCCAACAAAUAGGCGAUUCAGUAUGUUUAAGUCAGUAAUUGUUAUCCAAACAAUCUUAUGGGUCUAUUACAUUUCCUGUGAUCCAAGGUUUGAAUUAGCAUUUUAAUGAUGUAUGGAAAACAAAAACAUUUAGCUGCGUUGAGGUUUGUGUUAUGAAAAGUGGCUUUUAGUUUUCUCAUAUUCUCCAGUUGAGAGAGAAAAAAUCUGUGGAUUUAAAAAUGAGUCUAGCCUUAAAUAAAAUAAGAUGAGAUCCAGUGUGGAUGCUGCUGUCUUAUUGGACCAGGAGAUGAUAUAUCCAGCUCUGUGGUCAGAGUAAAAAAUGCUCAAUAGUGAUGUUUGUCUGAAAGGAAAUUUACAAAACAUGGGAAAUGUGCCAUUAUGGCAUUCUAAUUAAGACAAAACUGUGUGUUUUUGUUUUUUUUUUGUUUAAUUAUAAUUUAUGUGAAGAACACAUGCUAGAUCCCCAGUGAACUGUGACAUUUUGGAAUAAUUAAUUUUCUCUUUUUUUUUUUUUUUUAUUAAAUAGACAGUUUUGGAAAUCAAAGGAGCUGCAUUCUAAGCAAUUAUUAGACAAUAAAGAUACAGUAGAUCAAGAUAAUGUGCAUCCUGAUACAGUUCAUCUAACACCAGACACAAAGAGAUGUGAAGAAGUAAGUACUUAAAGAGCCACUCCAGGCUCCAACACACGUUAGCAGCACUGUGUUAUUUAGGUUACAGUUACUUUCAGAUCUUUGACCCUCUCACAUUAUGCUGAGGGCAUUAGAACUAUGAAUAGAUUGGUUUAACCAUUCUCUGAGCACAUUCUGUCCUUGGAUUCCAGGCUGAGAUAUCUUUACUUGAGCAUCUUCAUCCAGUUUACAGACAGGACACCCCGUUUGGGCAUCACUAGUAAUGCAAGUUUAGUUACUGGCAUGCACCUUUAGACCGACUUACUUACUAUCCCUCAUUCAUAGCUCCCAGUUACCUAUUUAAUUUAUUGGGUAAGAGAGAUUACAGAGAGUUAUGCUGGGUUGGCUAUUUAUCAUUUUAUUAUUUUGCUCAAAGCCCACCUUUGCUGAGCAUGAAGGAGAAAAAUGUUUGGGCUCACAGGGAUCAUAUCAUUCAGGCUUUUAUUGGUAAUGAACAGGCAACGUCUGGAAUCAACAAGUCUUUAACAAGCCAAUGGCUUGUGUCGAAAUGUUGUCUUUUCAUUUCCUAUAAAAGUCUGCUUGGAAUGUUCCUCGUGUGCCCGGACCUUUUUCUCCUUCACUUCUGUGGGUGUGUCACCUAGUGGAUACUCCAGAAUAAAAAACAGAUAUACCGGUAGGUGCGCUGUGCCUUUAAAACAUUAAGAACUAGUAUAAACACAUUUAUUCAUUUCAAUCAGACAAGGUGUAUAUAAAUCACUAAAGUGACAGUGCAAAACCUAUUGUGGUCCCAAUACUGUGCAAGGCCACUGCCAAAGUCCUUAUAAUGAAAAUUAGGAACUUACAAUACAAGGAACAUAUGUGUCCUCUACUUGAGCUAAAAAAUAAAAAAAACUAAGAAAAAUACAUAGUGUAUAUCUAUAUAUGAAAUCAGUGGAUGUUAAAAAGCUUUGUUGGAACACUCACAAACAAAGAGCAGACGAGCCUGCUCUGACUGAUCAGCUUGAGUAGAUCCCUUAAAUGGGUAAGUGAUGCAGGUAAGGAUGCCGGCAAUAGGUAUGUUUAAAUACUUUAUUGCAUCAAAUAGUAGUAAAAACAUCCCCAGGGUUCUUCUCCUUUGUGGGUUUCUUGUGUAUGGAAUCACCAGUCCCGUUUGUCCGCCGCCGGCUGCAAGACUAUGGGCUUAUCGAUAUCCUACACGAGCACUUCCUGAAGGCGGGGAUUGUGUCCGAACCACGUGAUACUCCAGAAUAAUAUCUGUCCACAUAACCCACCCUUCCUCACAUCCUUCCUUAAAUUGCAGUAUUUCCUAUUAUACACAUUUUACACCUGGAUUUAGUUUGCUCAGCCUUUAAUAAACUGAGUUUCUUAUUGUUCCUCCUCAUAAUUUCUUUUUCCUCCUCUUUCUCUCCCCUUGCAAGUUGAUGGUAUUUGUACCAACCCGUCCUUGUAGGCUCGCUGUCUUGGUGUGAUCACCUUUACUCCUCAAGUCCAGUCUGUCCUGCCGAUUCCACCUAAAAACCAUUGCCCUCAUUCGCCUCUUCCUUACACAAGAUUCUAUUAAAGAGCUUGUUCGUGCCCUUGUAAUUUCUUGCAUUGAUGACUGUAAUUCUCUCCUAAUUGGUCUCACCAGAAACUGAACUGUCUUGCUACAGUGUGUUAUAAAUGUUGCCACCAGGCUAAUUUUCUCUCCUGUCUCUCCUCUCACACUUCGCCCCUCUGUCAAUCCUUACAUUGGCUUCUUUGACCCUGUAGAGUUUACCUAGAUUCGUCCUAAAACAUAAAAAGAAAAAAUACACAAACAGCUGGCUGGCAAAAGAGGGCAUGUUUAUAAUAUCAAUAAAUUCAUCCAGGAAACUAAACGUGUUAUGUAUAAAUUAUAUAUGAUUAAUAAAUAAAAAAAAACAAUAAAAUCAAUAAAGUGAAUAAAGAAGUGCACAUAAAACUAAUUGUGUAAUAUAAAGUUAGAAUUACAUAUUAAUAGGUGACAAUUAUCAGUGUCAGCAAUGAAAUAUAUGGUUGUAUAUAAGAUUUACUUAAAUUGCCAGUGCUCCAUAGAUAGUCCCUUUCAUAGAUAGUGCUCCAUAGAUAGUCCCUUUCAUAGAUAGUGCUCCAUAGAUAGUGCUCCAUAGAUAGUCCCUUUCAUAGACUCCAUAGAUAGUCUUUCAUAGAUAGUGCUCCAUAGAUAGUGCUCCAUAGAUAGUCUUUCAUAGAUAGUGCUCCAUAGAUAGUGCUCCAUUUCAUAGAUAGUGCUCCAUAGAUAGUCCCUUUCAUAGAUAGUGCUCCAUAGAUAGUCCCUUUCAUAGAUAGUGCUCCAUAGAUAGUCCCUUUCAUAGAUAGUGCUCCAUAGAUAGUGCUUCAUAGAUAGUGCUCUAUAGAUAGUCUUUCAUAGAUAGUGCUCCAUAGAUAGUCGCUUUCAUAGAUAGUGCUCCAUAGAUAGUCCCUUUCAUAGAUAGUGCUCCAUAGAUAGUGCUCCAUAGAUAGUGCUCCAUAGAUAGUCGCUUUCAUAGAUAGUCGCUUUCAUAGAUAGUGCUCCAUAGAUAGUCGCUUUCAUAGAUAGUGCUCCAUAGAUAGUGCUCCAUAGAUAGUCCCUUUCAUAGAUAGUGCUCCAUAGAUAGUCCCUUUCAUAGAUAGUGCUCCAUAGAUAGUCCCUUUCAUAGAUAGUGCUCCAUAGAUAGUCCCUUUCAUAGAUAGUGCUCCAUAGAUAGUCCCUUUCAUAGAUAGUGCUCCAUAGAUAGUGCUUCAUAGAUAGUGCUCUAUAGAUAGUCGCUUUCAUAGAUAGUGCUCCAUAGAUAGUCGCUUUCAUAGAUAGUGCUCCAUAGAUAGUCCCUUUCAUAGAUAGUGCUCCAUAGAUAGUGCUCCAUAGAUAGUGCUCCAUAGAUAGUCGCUUUCAUAGAUAGUGCUCAUAGAUAGUGCUCCAUAGAUAGUCCCUUUCAUAGAUAGUGCUCCAUAGAUAGUGCUCCAUAGAUAGUCCCUUUCAUAGAUAGUGCUCCAUAGAUAGUCCCUUUCAUAGAUAGUGCUCCAUAGAUAGUCCCUUUCAUAGAUAGUGCUCCAUAGAUAGUCCCUUUCAUAGAUAGUGCUCCAUAGAUAGUCCCUUUCAUAGAUAGAGUGCUCCAUAGAUAGAGUCCCUUUCAUAGAUAGUGCUCCAUAGAUAGUGCUCCAUAUAGUCGCUUUCAUAGAUAGUGCUCCAUAGAUAGUCCCUUUCAUAGAUAGUGCUCCAUAGAUAGUCCCUUUCAUAGAUAGUGCUCCAUAGAUAGUCCCUUUCAUAGAUAGUGCUCCAUAGAUAGUCCCUUUCAUAGAUAGAGUGCUCCAUAGAUAGUCCCUUUCAUAGAUAGUGCUCCAUAGAUAGUGCUCCAUAGAUAGUGCUCCAUAGAUAGUGCUCCAUAGAUAGUGCUCCAUAGAUAGUGCUCCAUAGAUAGAGUCGCUUUCAUAGAUAGUGCUCCAUAGAUAGAGUGAUCCAUAGAUAGAGUGAUCCAUAGAUAGAGUCCCUUUCUUAGAUAGUGCUCCAUAGAUAGUGCUCCAUAGAUAGUGCUCCAUAGAUAGUGCUCCAUAGAUAGAGUGCUCCAUAGAUAGAGUCCCUUUCAUCCAAUGACAGUGCAAUCCAAUAAAACUUUUUAUAUGUAAACCUGCAAUAAGAAUAAAACAAGUUUAAAUAGGUCAGUUAAAAUAAGAUAUAUAAAAAAAAAAAAUUAGGACUGCAGUGAUCUUCUCGGUAAUUACUUACAAAUAAUUAUAAAAAGAGAGGACCAAAGUCUGGCUGAUUCUAAAGUGCAUGUGAUGCAUUUCCCAAUGAAAUAGAAAAUGAAUAUAUGAUCCCAAUGUGAAUAAAUAGUGGGUUCAAAUCUAAAACAAUAAAGAUAUUAAAAACAAAUGCAUCACAUGAAAAGCAAAAGGUCAAAAUUGAGGCCUUUUUCGAGAAAGGGAAUUCAGUUUCCUGAUCCAGAAGGCCUCAUGAAGUUUUAAUCUUAUUCUCUCUCUCCUUCUUCAUACUUCAGGUACAUGUUCUAUAAUCUUAAAGCGUAACUGGGAGAUAUUGUGCUUGUGUUCAGCAAAAUGGCCAGGAAUAGGUAAAUCUACCAAACCUGUCCAUAUGGCUGACUUGUAUGUAGGGAAUCUCGCUUGCAUGGUUUUGGUUGUUUCCCCAACAUAGAUAAACACACACAGACAUUCCAGUAGGUAGACAACAUAUUCUGUAUUACAAGUGACAUAUGCAUUAACUCUAUCUCUCUUACCACUGUAUAGCUAGCAAAAGGAGUUUUCACGCAUCAUUGCAAAUAAUGGAUAGUUUAAAACAAAACAAAAAUAGGACUCUGCCAUAUCUAACAAAUUCUGAAAUUCUGAAAUUCUAACAAAAAUGAAAACAGUUCAUGUAUGGCCCAGAGCGGUGCCAAAACAUUGUCUUUUUUCUGUACUACAAAUAAGACUGCCUGCUUAAAGAAGCUAUCGUGGUGUGCCCAGACUCGUAUACCUGUUGGAUCAACAGCAAAUAACAAAUGUGAGGUAGGCUGAACUUGAUGGACGCAAGUCUCUUUUCAGCUAUGUAACUAUGUAACUAUGUAACUAUGUAACUAUUGGAUCUGCUAGUCUUCAAUAAUUUAAAAAGUCCCUCAUAGCUAUCUCUUCAGAGUAGCCUAUGGCCUCUCGUAGUAGCUUGUAUUUCACAAACCUGUCUCUUAAACGUUUUGUAAUCAUCCCAUUUAUUGUUAAAUUUCCCCCUUUAUAAUAUUGUAAAGAGCUGCAAAAUAUGUUGGCGCCAUAUAAAAAAUAAUAACAGUAAUAUGCCAUCAUAUGUUGAGUUAGAGCAGUGUAAACUUCACUAGAUGACGAUGACAUGAAUAGCACAUCUUUUUAUAUACAGUUGUGCUCAAAAGUUUGCAUACCCCAGCAAAAAAAUAUAUAUUUUAUUGAAGGAUAGUGAUCAUAUAAGGUCAUUUAUUCUCACAUUGUUGUUUGGCUCCUUUUUAAAUCAUAAAGAUAACAGAACUCACCCAAAUGCUGUCAUUGAUGCUAAAGGGACAAUACACAGUAUUAAGAUCUAAGGGUAUGCAGACUUUGAACAGGGGUCAUUUCAUAUUUUCUUUGUUGCCAUGUUUUGUUUUAUGAUUGUGCCAUACUGUUAUAACCUACAGCUGAAUAUGAAUCCCAUAAGAAAUAAAAGAAAUGUGUUUUGCCUGCUCACUCAUGUUUUCUUUAAAAAUAUUACCAAUUCUCCAAGGGUAUGCAAACUUUUGAGCACAUCUGUACCUUUAAUGUUUCAUCUUACCAAUGAAAACCAGAUCAACACUCACAUAUAGAUGUCAGUGAAUGGUUUAAACUACAUCAUUUGUGGUCUUUGUGCUCUAUUUUAACACUUCUUAGGGAUUUGAUUUCACAUUUAAUUUAAUUUUGUUUAUUUAUUUAUUUUUUGUUCCAGACUCCCUCGUCUGUGUCAAAAAGGAGAGUGUAUUCAGACAGGGAAGGAAAAUCUAAACAUGUAAAAUCACUCUUCCCAAAAGAUAAAGUGUCACCUUGUUUGGAGUCAUGAAUACUGGAUCCCUUAAUCUUCCAAAAACAACAGAGCCUGCAACACCACUAUCACAUCAUCCCCCAGUGUGAUAUAUAAGUGGCAAAAGUUUACUACAAAAAAUAUAUUUCAUUUCUGAAACUGAAAUUCUGACAAAAAAACAAAAAACGGAGAGGCGGGGCCUGAUCAUCAUUGCGGUCAGGCACAAUUGUGAAAGAUCCUCUGCCACCUUAUUGAAUUCUGCGACACAUCAAACCUUUGCACUCUCACCUGGCUUUCUCUGGGACUUACAUACUGUGGCGAAAGUAACCUUGUCACUGGUACUUGGAGGGGCCCGCUUGCCAGCCUCUUGCCCCAUGAUUAUGGGCCCUGCAAAAAGACAUGUUAAAAAGUGACUUCCAUGGAAAAACCAAACCACUGAACUGAUCUGGGUGAUUUUUGGAUUUGUUGGUCACCCAGAUCAGGGCUAUCCGAGGAUGUGACUCUUGUGAGGUUUCCAUGGAUCUUGGGGGUACUUUUGGGGUGUUUGUAAAUUGUGUGUUUUUCUGUACCUGGAAAUAAUUAAUUAUCUCUCAGACACAGAGGAGGAGUAUGUUAAAUAUAUUGCUUGCCUGUGCCUCUCCCCCUCCCCCAUUUUCCUGUCCUACUGUUUCCCCAGCAGGGUGUUGUCCCAGGGACACUGCCAGACCAGUUCAAAACUGGCUGCUUUGUCCCUCCUCAAUCUCCCAUCAGCCCUUGCUAUUGUCUGACCCCACCCUUCCUUGUACUAUAGUGCUCUAUGUAAUUGUAUGUAAAUGCGGCUGUUGGGGAUUUAAAUGUGUGUAUAAAUUGUAAGUGCUGGCUUGCAUUAAACAGACCUGCUGUACCCCUUCAUGAAGUCUUGGCUCAUGUUUGGGGGAUUGGAAAGCUACACUCUGGGGAUUGCUAUAAUCGCUAUACUCCCCAGGGUAUAAUCACUAGCUCUUGUAAGAGCUUGUUCUUGCUACGCUCUCCGUAGUAACAAAAUUUUCAAUUUAAAAAAAAAAGACUUUUAUGCAUUUAAGUUUUUGGAAGCUGGACCCUGUUCUUGAGUCCAGGGUGGGUGAAGGACUGCGAGACCCCAGCGCAGCUGCAUCACUGGACGUGGUGUCUGCAGUACUUAUGGUGUCUGGUGGAGUGCUUGUAGCCCUUGGAAAGCACUAGGAGCAUCGAUUGGCAGAGGUACUCGGUUGGAGUGCCGGCGGUCCGUCACACAUACAUUCUGUCACAAGCUGUGUGCUUUUGCAUUCCAAAAGUUCCAGCUACCAGUCUGCUUGCUGCGCCGAGUAAGGCCUAGUGGAGUCAUCGGGAGGUGGCCGCUCUCCUGACCCGUAAAGCACAGACUUGGUGAAAAGUUCUCCUGCAUCCCCAUUCUUGCCCCCUCCCCCCCAGGUCACCUAUACUUUCCUCCUUCGUUGAUUGCUUUCCGCUCUGGCCAACUUCUCCUGAGUCAUUGACCAAGACAAGAUGGUGGACACACAUUUUCGGUGCGUUCAAGCCUGACGCGGCCCCAGCCCUGCUCAAUUGAAAGCUCCCUAUUGAAUCUUUAGGCAAUAGUUGCUUACUUCUGGGCAACACUGGAAGCAAGAAUAACGGCACCUCCUUGCCAGACUCUGAAAAAUGCUCAGGAGGGUGGGAAGCCUGGAGAGGGGAGACCUCCUCCGGGGUCAGCGAUGUCGCAGGUGACUGAUUUUAAUUUUAUUCGCCCUCCUAGACUGCAGGCCCCAAAGGAUUAUACCCCAUAGCAAUAUCCACAUGGGUGAAAGACUUUUGACAUCAAAGCCUUCUACUACUCCCCAAGUGUGAUGGACUUUGACCGUCUGGAGCUCCCAAGUCCAUGGAUUGACGUUGCCAGGCCUGGGGCGGAGGAUUCAAAUCACCUUGUUCCUGCUUUAUCUCCCCCAAAGAUUGCCCUGCAGAUCCCAUGCGCCUCCCGAUGGCUAGGGUCGGCUGAUAAUGGACUUGCCUACCUACUUGUACAGACGUUUAGCUUAUAGUUGUGUACCUAUAUGAUACUAAGAGAUGUCUUGUAUACAUUUAUUGAGUGCAGCUUUUGUUUUGACUUACUUAUUUUUUUUACUUUGUUAGCUGUAACAGUGUCUUAGGGUCCAAUGAUUCUCUUCCAAGCAAACUUAUCACUUUCGCAGUUAUUACUAUUGUCUAGUCUGAUCUUUUCACUGCUUAGUUUAGAUAUUUGUUUCCUACCUAGACAGGUUAGUUCACCCUACUUAUGUAAGAUUUGCCUAGCUCAUUUUCUUUGUCCUGUCAUUUAGUAUCCCGUAUUAUAAAACAGUGCAGAAUCUUGGCAUUUCUUUAUAUAUUUCUCAUCUGUGCAUUGUUGAUUAUAAUCUCCAGAAAUGUCUCUGUGUCUAUGUCAUGCCAUGCACUGUUAAAAUGAAGAAUGUAUAUAAAAAAAAAAUAGAUGCAGGCUACUUUAGACAUGGUGUUUGAUAUAUAAAGGGAAGUAAACAUAAAAAAAAAAACCUCUAUAUGUCAUGUAUGAUUUAAGCAUGUAACACAAUUUUCAAUUUAAAAAAAAAGACUUUUAUGCAUUUAAGUUUUUGGAAAUUCAUCCACCGUUGCAUUCAUAGUUCCAUAGUUGGGAGAAAACAAAAAGAAGAGUCAGCGCUAGGCUGCCACAGAGAGAUAUGUUAUACACAGUAAACGGCUGCACACCUCAAAGAAAAAGGGGAGUCCCCUCUUGGAUAUAUACUUGAGAUUCGGUGAAGCAUAUGUGGAAAGAAAACAAGAACAGGACUCCAAUGGUACAGUAUGUAGACAAAUUAAAUUAUAAAAUAGUGGUAAUCAGUAUUACUCACACUUUGCAGAGCUAAAGUCCAGCUCUGGUAUUGGAUGCGUGAAGUGGAAUAAUCCCCACUCAAGGAUAUGUGAAGUGGCGCUGGUUGGCAGAUAUAUGAGACGAAUCUGAAGUCCAGUGUUGGUAUGGUCCAGCCCAAAAGUAAAAAGAGUAAAAUAUAGUGCUCUCUGUUUUCUGAAUAAAAAAUUUUUUUUAAGAAAUAUUAAAUUUACUCACAAUAUUUAGAGCAGGCUUAUACUGCUCGAUGUAAGCGUAUGGGUGGUAUAAUCCCCACCUACAGAUUCUUUGUGCUUCUUUAUUAAGUGCUGAAUAUCAAUGUAGCCAGGUAAAAACGUGUAGAGUAAAAAAAGAAUGAUAAAAAAGGAAUAUGGCAAUCAAAAUGUUUUGUGCCCAAAGAAUUCCUUUAUUACAAUAUAGUAAAAACAGUAUCUGGAUGCGUUUCGCCUAAAAAGGCUUCUUCAAGUAGAUAAUAAAAAAAGUAUUAUCUACUUAAGGAAGCCUUUUUAGGAGAAACGCGUCUAGACACUGUUUUUACUGUAUUGUAAUAAAGGAAUUAUUAAUAAAGGAAUUAUUUAAAAAUGGUGCUCUCAGUACAGUGUAUCACAACUUCCAACAGGCCCAGCAAGGCAGUAGGCAGAUUGGAAUCUCGCCCACACUCAAAAAGAAACGAUCAUACAGAAGACACGUAUCCACUCAGAGGACAUAGAGUAGAGGGUAAGUGUCAGGUUCCUAUCCUGACAACUAAGAAUUUUGUUUCUUUUGUUUGUGUUUUUUGUUUUUUUUAAAUGUUCCAUUUUUCUUCACUAGUGGCCUCCAGAGCCACUAAUAUGAACAAACUUUCUCUCACCUGUCUAUCAUAUCAGUUCAACCUGCUAUAAGAGCUCACACCCUGCUAGACAAUUGGCCUUGACAUUGAUUGUAGUGGAGUUUUGAUCCUGGCAAGACUACAGAUCCUGGCUCCUUCUGCAAAAACCUGGUCGAUCCUGGAAUUUCAUUCAACCUGAUUUAUUCCGUUCAACCUGCUACUUUCCAAACUUGCUUAUUAUCCAUACGUUUGGAGAAAAUCUAUACAUACGCUUGGAGGUAAACUAAUCUGUGAAUGCUACCUGUAUUAUACAUUACUGGACUUGGAUUUAAUAUUGAAUUGUUACUGAAUUUACGGUAGACUACUUUACCAACGUGGAGAUUACAAACCUCCUUGGUAAUUAGAAUUAUCCUAAAGGACUCUAAUUCAUCUAGCCCAAAAUCCUACUAUUCAACCUGCAAACCAAAAGAGGCUUAUCCACUAAAUGCCUCACUUACCUGUAUUACUUUAACCUUUAUAUUUCUGUUUAGUUCAGUCUAUUGUAUUGUUUUUCUGUAACCUAUAAUUCUCAGUUAUAAGUUUUCUUCUCUUUAUUUCUUGUAAUAUCUAUUCUGUUAUCAUGUUGCUAAAAAUCCUGCCUGGGGCAUAUUGCCUAUUAUUAUUAUUAUUGUUAUUAUUUAUAUAGCGCCAUCACAUUCCGUAGCGCUUUACAAUGGGUUGACUAACAGACAUGUAACUGUAACCAGACAACUGGACGCACAGGAACAGAGAGGUAAACCUUUUAUUUCAGUAAUCCCCUGCUACCUUACCUAGAACUUCCUUUUUAUAUAUUCUUUCUUACUACUACAUAUAUAUAUAUAUUCUGCUUCCUGUUAAUCCUGCCUAGGGCUUAUUGCCUAAAUCAAAAUUUCUUAGUACACACAAUACUUUCCUGUAAUUACAUUUAUCGAUUCUUCUUAUUUUCACUUUCUAAUAGUCCUGCUAUUCUUAUUGUUUUCAAGACAAAUCAUGUCUAAAUCAAAAAUAAAGACCCUGAAGUUUGUAAAAUGAAUUAGUUUAGAAGAUUAGAUGCAGAUAUAAUAAAUAUGAUGCAAUUUGUACAGAAAUAUAUCUAUCGGCAAAAAUAAACAACUUAUUUUUUUCUUAUUAAAUAUAUAGUACAGAGACCAUAAGUGUAUGCAAAAACAUAGAUACCACAAAAGUCUACGCAUUUCACUCCCGCUAACAGCGCUUACUACGUCAGGCCAGUCCUCCUAAGGAGAACUCAACAUUUCGAUGUGCACAAAUAACUCAUUUUAUAUAUGUUAUUUAUGUUUUAUACAAGUGUUAGGAGUCCAGUCUGUAAUUUGGUUCUGUGACUUAAUACAAACCGGAUAUACUAAUAGGAGAUUUUUGUAAUCAUACAAAGAGGAAUGUUUGUACCCAUGCAGUAAAAACACUUUAAAAAUGUUUUUUUUUUUUUAAAUUACUCUGAACAACUCCUACACAUGUUAAAAUGAACCUGUAAUCUUUUCGGGCCCAUAGUUUCUCUUCUAUCGCUGCCAGCACUGUCCGCCCCGCUUUGCUACUAGAAAUAAGUUCGAUAGAAAUUACUUACCUCGUUCCAGCAUUUAGACUCCACUCCUGCAGCCACCCACGCCACCAUUUGAAGAUGUCUGCAUGCCUGACAUUUGUUCUCCCAUCUUAAUUAUUGUGUAUGCAUUAGGGAAAUUUGGUUUGGCAUUCCGAAAAUCGGCGGUUCUGUUCGGGACUUUGGCACUUCGGGUAAGUGUAGGGUUAGGAGUAGGUGUGGGGUUAGGAGUAGGGUCAAGGUUAGGGGUAGAGGUACCCUAACUAUAACCCUACUCCUAGCCCAACCCUACCACAAUCCUACCCCUACCUGUUUUGCCACUUUUCAGACGUCCGAAGCACUUCGGCCAUUCGGAAGCAUCCGAAUGUCCGAAUUUUCAUUCAAACCGAACCAAAUUGCACAUGUCUACUAUGCAUUGUUGUUGUAGCGGAAUGCAGUAAGCCUGUCCUAUAACCUGCCUGUGUGAUUAUCUUUUGUACAUUCUGCCUGUGUUACUUCUCCCAUUUCGUAUGUUGUAUUGUGUGAAUAUAUGCUAUUCGGUAGUUUCCAUCCGUACCAUAUACGUAUGGAAACUACCGAACGGAUAGACCACCCCAGAGAGAAGUGUGUUGGUAAUUAAGGUUGCAUACCGUGAAAACCGCAAGUUAACAAUGUAUCUGGGUGGCCGCCAUUCGGCAUGCGUACACGUGGCGGCGGCCAUCUUACGCAUGAAAAGCUCAGCGGUGUUCGGUCGUCGAGUGUCUGGAACCCAAAUCGGAUACUCAAACAACCGAACAUCGCUGAGACCUCCGGAGUUCCGUAUCUGGCGAACGGAAAGUCUGAACAACUCCCCAUUCGGUAGAAACAAAGUACCGAAUGGGGGAAUCAGUAUCUAGGCGAAUAUAAGUGUAAAGGGCCAGUAUCAAUGUGUGUUUUAACUGCCGAACGGAGACCGACCGCAGGGCCCAAACUCAUGGAACCCUUUUCGGAUACCAACUCGUGUGCGGUCGGUCAAACUUCACCUCUCUAUAACUGCCGAACCCCUGGUCUGAUCUGGGUGAAUUUUGGAUAUAAUAGUCACCCAGAUCAGGGCUACCUAGCGGUACUCUAAUAUUAAGGUUGUAUAAUGGUUUAGGGGUACAUCUAGGUUCGGGGUGAAUUGCUGUACCAGUUAAGGGGAUUAUGACUCACUCUGAGGGGAGGAGAGGUGUGGGAGGUAACAAGCACUGUAUUGGCUAAUGUCAUAAUUCAUGUUGUUCCCUCCCUUGCAUGGGAGCAGGCUUUAUAAAGAACUGUGGAAUAAAUGAGAGUUAGUUCUUCUACUCCUGAAACUGUGUGUCGUCCAGUUAUUGGGAGUGUCGUGGGGAUAUUGCUGUACCUGUUACCUGAUGGAAAACUAUGCUGUGGAUUUACUACUGACUCGUUCCUGAGCCUCACUAGGAUCUUAAGCGGAGAAUAGCUGUGAGAGAUCAGCUCUCCGCUACAUUGGUUGGCAGCGCUGGGAUCCAGACUCACAGAGGAACAGGGAUUAAUGGAGAUUGACCUUGCUACCCUAAAGAGAUCCACAUUGAAAGACCUCCUGGAAGCAAAAGGUGUUUCAGCCAGCAGCAAAUCUAAAGCGACACUCAUAACUGAAGUGAUGGCAGAAUACGGGGCAGAAGAGGUCCAGGCCACAGAACAAAGACCAGAAACAGAACAAGAGGAGUUCCAGAGACAGUUACAAUUCAGGUUGGCCUUUUAUGGGGAAAACCCACCGACAGAGAUCAUUGCUAAAACCAUGACAGAGGUGCAGGAGUUUGUAAUGAGCAAAAGGAGGCCACAAGCACCAGAAAGGAGUACAGCAGGAGCUGUGGCACAAGAGGGUAAGCCCAAAAUCCCCUAUCAAGCGUUUAAAACAUAUGUGGAAGCAGAGGAGGAUAUAGAUGCCUUCCUGCAGGACUUUGAAAGACUGUGUACGCUGCAUAACAUACCAAGGGAAGAGUGGGUACCCGUAUUAGCAGGACGGCUGUCCGGGAGGGCAGCGGAAGCUUACCGUACUAUACCUGACACAGAGAUCAGGAACUAUAACCGUGUAAAAGAGGUUAUCCUAGCUAGGUAUGCAAUGACACCAGAGGCAUACCGGAGACGUUUCAGAGAGCUGAAAAAGGCUGACAAGGACUCUCACGCAGAGUGGGCUUGCCGACUAGAAAGGGCAGCUCUUGGGUGGAUGCAGUCAAGUAAAGCGCGGUCCAUGGAGGACUUGUUGCAAUUGUUGCUAUUGGAACAGUUCUAUGAGGGGAUAUCUGCAGAACUGCAGGAAUGGGUGAGGGACCGGAACCCCACCUCCCUCACCGAGGCUGCUAAAAAGGCAGAUGACUUUAUGGAUGCCCGCAGGCAAACCAAGGCAGUGAGUACCAAACCUGCCCUGCGACCGCUGGGGGGAAACUCCUUUGUCCCUAACCCUCAGCCUCCACCAAGGCAACUUCCUCCACCGGCACCGGCAGCGGCGCAAACGAGAUAUCGCACACCUGCCUCUGUGCAAUGCCACCGGUGCCAGAAGUGGGGACAUUUCCAGCGAGAUUGUCCACAGCCGAGAGAUCGUACCACCUGGAUCCGACCAGGGCCUCCACCACCACCACCGAGAGCAGCAGCACAUCACUACCAGGAAGAGGUACCACUUCCCUACAACUCUGCCGUUCCAGUCACGACUGUGGAACAGUGGGAAGUGCUGCAUGAGGCCAACCCAUUACAGGCCCAAGCGGACAAUCGACAGCACCAUAGGCAGACCGUAUAUCUAGACGGGAAACCUAUGCAAGGACUCAGAGACUCGGGAGCCACCAUCACCCUAGUGCAAAGCCAUUUGGUCGCUGACAAGGCCAAACUUAACAAGACUGUGGCGGUCCGAGUUGCAGGGGGAGCCGUGUAUCGGCUAGACACAGCCAGGGUACACUUGCAUUGGGGUGCGGGGUUCGGGAAUGUGGAAGUGGGAUUAAUGCCGCAAUUGCCUGCCGAAGUGGUCCUAGGGAAUGACCUGGGCCGACUCACUUCCACCUUUGAGCCCCAAACUACUGAGGAAGCGCACCCAGUAGUCACCAGGCAACAGGCCCGCACCCAGACCAACAACGCACUGCCGGAGGUCCAGGUAAGAGAUCCUUCCCCGUCCCUAGACUGUCUCCCUUGGGCCCCUCCUGCCGAAUUUGUAGCCGAGGUGACCACUGACCCUACCUUACAGGUAUACCGAGACAAGGUCACCUCUAACCAACCGGGGGCGGAGGGGGAAAGAUUUGUGUGGGACCGACAGUUAUUGUACCGAGAAACGAGUAAACAGGUAGAGGGGUCAGACCCCAUCACUGCAAGACAGUUAGUAGUACCACAGAGGUACCGAACCGAAUUACUCCGGAUAGCACACGAUAUCCCGCUAUCUGGACAUUUAGGGGUCAGUCGUACCAGAUAUCGACUAACCCAAAAUUUCUUCUGGCCAGGGAUUAGCCAGGAGGUGCGCAGGUAUUGUAGCACCUGCGAUACAUGCCAGAGGGUAGGGAAGAGGGGGGACAGGCGUAAGGCUAAGCUACACCCGCUUCCCAUAAUCGAAGAACCCUUUCAUAGGGUCGCAGUAGAUAUUGUAGGUCCCCUCCGGAAACCUAGCCCAUCGGGCAAACGGUACAUCUUGACCGUAGUGGACUAUGCCACUCGCUACCCCGAGGCAGUGGCCCUAACCAACAUCCAUGCAGAGACGGUGGCUGAAGCGCUGAUGCAGAUUUUCUCCCGGAUGGGGUUACCCAGGGAGAUCAUCUCGGAUCAGGGCACUCAGUUCACGGCAGAGAUCACCCAACAGCUUUGGAAACUGUGUAAUGUUAAGCCCAUCAUUAGUGCCCCUUACCACCCUCAGACCAAUGGGCUUUGCGAGCGGUUCAAUGGCACUUUAAAACAGAUGCUCCGAACCUUCGCAGAAACCCAUCGGGACUGGGAGAAGUUCCUGCCGCACCUACUGUUCGCAUACAGGGAGGUGCCGCAAGAAUCUACGGGAUUCUCCCCCUUUGAACUGCUAUUCGGGAGAAGGGUCAGGGGGCCCCUAGACUUAAUUAGAGAGCAUUGGGAGGGAGACCGUAGCGCAGACGGCACCCCUAUUGUACCAUAUGUGUUGGCACUCCGAGAUCGCCUGGAAGCCCUCACAAAGACGGUAAAGGAAAACCUACAGGCGGCGCAGACGCGUCAGCGCACUUGGUACGAUAGGGGCGCCAGGGACCGUAGCUUCCAGGUCGGGCAGAAAGUUUUAAUUUUAAAACCUGUCCGACACGAUAAGCUACAGGCCGCCUGGCAAGGCCCUUAUAAAGUGGUAGAACAACGAUGUGACACCACUUAUAUAAUUGGCCACUGCGCAGGAACUGGAGGGCGACGCAUGAUUCAUGUAAACAUGAUGAAGCCCUACCAGGAACGCUCAGAGGAGGUGACCGCUAUCUGCGCACCCACCUCUGAGGAAGGCGACAGCCUACCUCUCCCCGAUCUGUUAGAAGACGGGCAGCUGGCUGGAGAUUUAGGGGCAGUCGUACUGGGGGAUCGGUUGAGCCCACAGGAGCGUAUCGAGGUACAACAGCUACUGCAAGAAAAGCAGGAGACCUUUUCCAAUGUACCUGGAUACACCCCUCUGGCCACCCACCGAGUAGAAACCCCAGGGCAACUCCCCAUGCGCCAGCCCUCGUACCGCAUCCCUGAAGCGGUACGUGAGAACAUGCGCAAAGAAAUUGAGGAGAUGAUUCAGUUAGGAGUCAUUGAACCCUCAGAUAGCCCCUGGGCUUCGCCGGUGGUCCUCGUACCAAAACGGGACGGCACGACCCGCUUUUGCGUGGACUACCGGAGGUUGAAUGAGAAGACGGUAUCCGACGCAUACCCGAUGCCCAGAAUAGACGAGCUACUAGACCGGAUGGCCAGGGGCCAAUACCUUACCACUAUUGACUUGUGUAAAGGGUAUUGGCAGAUCCCCUUAGCCCCGGACGCCAUCCCUAAGUCCGCUUUUGUCACCCCAUUCGGCCUGUACCAAUUCAAGGUCAUGCCGUUUGGGAUGAAAAACGCGCCGGCUACCUUCCAGCGGAUGGUGGAUCGCCUCCUAGAUGGGUUCCAGGACUACACCUGCGCCUAUCUCGAUGAUAUUGCCAUAUUUAGCGAUACCUGGCAGGAGCACUUGGCCCAUAUAGGAGCGGUCCUAGACCGAAUCAGAGAAGCGGGUUUGACCCUGAAACCCGCUAAGUGUAGCAUUGGAAUGGCCGAGGUACAGUACCUGGGCCACCGAGUGGGCUGUGGGAAACAAAAGCCAGAACCCGCCAAAGUAGAGGCGGUAGCCCAAUGGCCCACCCCGAGGACUAAAACCCAGGUGUUAGCCUUCCUAGGAACAGCAGGGUACUACCAAAAGUUUGUCCCCAAUUACAGUGCGCUGGCCAAACCUCUCACUGACCUGACUCGUAAAAACCUUCCCCGCCAAGUAACCUGGACCCCGGAGUGCGAACAGGCAUUCCAACACCUGAAAGAUGCCCUUGUUAAUGCCCCUGUCUUGGCCGCUCCCAAUCCAACUAAACGUUUUCUUGUCCACACAGACGCUUCUAUGUUUGGAUUGGGGGCAGUAUUGAGCCAAGUCGGGGCAGAUGGCGGAGAACACCCCGUGGCUUACAUCAGUCGCAAACUUUUACCCCGAGAAGUAAGCUACGCCGCCAUCGAGAAGGAAUGCCUGGCUGUGGUGUGGGCCUUGAAGAAAUUGCAGCCUUAUUUGUAUGGACAGGCUUUUUCCCUGCUCACGGAUCACAACCCGUUAGUCUGGCUGAACCGGGUGGCUGGGGACAAUGCCAGGCUGCUGCGCUGGAGUUUGGCGCUGCAGCCUUUUGACUUUAAUAUUCAGUACCGCCCGGGAAAGCAGAAUGGAAACGCCGACGGGUUGUCUCGACAAACUGAUCUUGAAAAAUGAUCCGUGAGCACCCCGGUCAUCCCCAAGCCGAUCCGUAAGGGAUCAGACUGUGUAUGCCGGCUUGUGGGCAAGGGGGAGCAGUGUAGCGGAAUGCAGUAAGCCUGUCCUAUAACCUGCCUGUGUGAUUAUCUUUUGUACAUUCUGCCUGUGUUACUUCUCCCAUUUCGUAUGUUGUAUUGUGUGAAUAUAUGCUAUUCGGUAGUUUCCAUCCGUACCAUAUACGUAUGGAAACUACCGAACUGAUAGACCACCCCAGAGAGAAGUGUGUUGGUAAUUAAGGUUGCAUACCGUGAAAACCGCAAGUUAACAAUGUAUCUGGGUGGCCGCCAUUCGGCAUGCGUACACGUGGCGGCGGCCAUCUUACGCAUGAAAAGCUCAGCGGUGUUCGGUCGUCGAGUGUCUGGAACCCAAAUCGGAUACUCAAACAACCGAACAUCGCUGAGACCUCCGGAGUUCCGUAUCUGGCGAACGGAAAGUCUGAACAACUCCCCAUUCGGUAGAAACAAAGUACCGAAUGGGGGAAUCAGUAUCUAGGCGAAUAUAAGUGUAAAGGGCCAGUAUCAAUGUGUGUUUUAACUGCCGAACGGAGACCGACCGCAGGGCCCAAACUCAUGGAACCCUUUUCGGAUACCAACUCGUGUGCGGUCGGUCAAACUUCACCUCUCUAUAACUGCCGAACCCCUGGUCUGAUCUGGGUGAAUUUUGGAUAUAAUAGUCACCCAGAUCAGGGCUACCUAGCGGUACUCUAAUAUUAAGGUUGUAUAAUGGUUUAGGGGUACAUCUAGGUUCGGGGUGAAUUGCUGUACCAGUUAAGGGGAUUAUGACUCACUCUGAGGGGAGGAGAGGUGUGGGAGGUAACAAGCACUGUAUUGGCUAAUGUCAUAAUUCAUGUUGUUCCCUCCCUUGCAUGGGAGCAGGCUUUAUAAAGAACUGUGGAAUAAAUGAGAGUUAGUUCUUCUACUCCUGAAACUGUGUGUCGUCCAGUUAUUGGGAGUGUCGUGGGGAUAUUGCUGUACCUGUUACCUGAUGGAAAACUAUGCUGUGGAUUUACUACUGACUCGUUCCUGAGCCUCACUAGGAUCUUAAGCGGAGAAUAGCUGUGAGAGAUCAGCUCUCCGCUACAGUUGUGGCUGGGAUUGUGGUGUUGGGAAUUUAAAUUAAAGGCCACUUUCCCUAUAAUGGGGAUCUAGUUUAUUUUUUUUGGAAAUGUUCAAUAAAUGUGAAAUGUGAAAUUAAUUAAAUCCCAGAGGGUCUCUGGUGUCCUUGGCGAGAAGCUGUAUCCCCAACCAUGAAAAAGUAAACAUUUCAGUUUUUGGUUUUUCUUGUCUGCAUUUCCAUGGUAAGUAUUCAGGGCUGGACUGGGAAGAAAAAUUCCAGGGCAGACCAUGUGCAAAGCUAAGAUGAAGAGCUCUAGCAUGAGUAAAAGUCCCUGUAUUUGUUCUGCACUUCGCAAGCAAAUUUAGUAACAUGCUUGUGUUGUGUUUGCUUGAAACUUGUCUCUGGUGUCUCCAUAAAUGGGGUACCCGGAGCCAAAAAUGCCAGGAAGAGUGUGUUUGGAGCCUACUUAUCGGAUUGUGUGUGUGUAGAAUGAGUUGAUUGUUGUGUGGUAUUGUGUUAAUAGGUUGGUUUCAGUCAUAGUGUGUGUGUGUGUGUGUGUUCGUAGAGGAUUCAGAGUGUGAACAUAUAUAGAUGACUCAGAGUUAUGUAAAGGAUCUAGUGUGUGUGUUUGGAAUGUAAUGUGUGUAAGGGGUUCUGUAGUUUGUGUGUGUGUGUGUGUCUGUGUUUGGAAGUAUUGUGUGUGUGUUGGGGGGGCUGCUGUGUGUGAAGGGUAUAGUGCGUAUGUGUGAGGAGAAUAGUGUGAGUGAGGGUGAUGUGUGUUUGGAGGGAGGCAGGUUAAUCAUCCUCAAAUCAUGAAUAUAUAUUUACACACACAUAUUUAUAGUUGUGUGAUGAUGGUGAUGUGCCAAAGAAAUGCUUGUUGCCAUAUUGCAAGCACAGUACACGCACAUCCCACCUUAUGACAAAAACAACAUAAGUAAAACACCUUAUUUUUAAAUGCAUAACUCAAGGACAUCACACCAUACCAGUGACAGACUGGGGAUAAACACCAGCUCUGGAAAUAAUUGUAUACCAGACCCAUAGCAUUGUGUCAUUAUGCCAGCUCCAUAUCAUAACAUUAUUUUCUUGUUCAUAAGAGGGAAAACCAUGCAUUUUAAAGCACAUUUGAAUAGUGUAUUAUUUAUAGAUAAAACUGAUCUAUAACCCUGCACAGUGCAAUAUACACCCCUGGUAUGUACACAAGGUUAUAUCUCACACACUGUCCUGAAAUACAAUUGUGCUCAAAAGUUUGCAUACCCUGGCAGAAAUUGUGAAAUGUUGUAAUUGAUUUUGAAAGUAUGACCGAUCAUGAAAAAAAAAAUGUUUUAUUGAAGGAUAAUGAUCAUUUGAAACAAUGUAUUAUCACAGGGUUGUUUGGCUCCUUUUUCACGAUGUUAACAGAAAUCACCCAAAUGGACCUCACCAAAAGUUUACAUACCCUUGAAUGUUUGGCCUUGUUACAUUCACACAAGGUGACACACACAGAUUGAAAUGGCAAUUAAAGAUUAAUUUCCCACACCUGUGGAUUUUUAAAUUGUAAUUAGUGUUUGUAUAUAAAUAGUCAACGAGUUUGUUAGCUGUCACGUGAAUGCACUCAGCAGGCAAGAUACUGAGCCAUGGAGGGCAGAAAAGAACUAUCACAAGACCUGCGUAACAAGGUAAUGGAACUUCAUAAAGAUGGAAAAUUAUAUAAAAAGAUAUUCAACACCUUAGAAAAAAUGCCAGUCAGUACUGUUCAAUCAUUGACGGUCGAAUACCGGGAGCUCCUGCGGCCAAACAAGUGGGGGCUCCCCUGGCUCUCUGGGAGCGAUUGUCCCCUUCGGUCUGUAGUAUCUUCCUUUUAAAUACCGCUUUCCUGGCAGCUUGGAAAUGGGGCAAAACAGUGGGUAAAGGUGAAAGUGGAGGAGAGGAUUGAGUGGCCGAUUAUAGUUCCAUUCGGUUAUCAGUUAAGUACCGCUGAGGACAUUUCAGUAGUUUGUAUGGCCGAAUGACUGCCGGUGAGGGAGUGCUGAACCAGGGGAUAGUGAAUAGUUCUCUUGGGGAAGCCGUGCAUGUUAACUUUCUAACGGGAUUUCCAGAACCGGCCCAUAGUCGGUAGGCAGGAGGCCAGUUUCCACACUCCUCGUUUGCGUUUGCCACAAAUACCAUCCCCACUGUGAAGCAUGGUGGUGACUCACUGAUGUUUUGGGGGGGUGGGCGGGUGAGCUCUAAUGGCACAGGGAAAAUUGUUGGCAAGAUGAAUAAAAAAAUACUGGCAGACAACUUGCAUUUUCAACUUGCAGAAAAAGGCAGUGGCGUACUAAGGGGGGAGCGGGGGGGCGGUCCGCCCCGGGUGCCACCAGGGUGGGGGGUGCCAUGACCAGCCCCGCCGCCCCCCCCAUGCUGCAGCCGCCCGAGCGCUCUGUGAAGAGCCUCAGGCGGCUGCAGCUUUGCCCGGGCGGUGCGUCCAUGAGGGCGGACCGCACCGCCCGGGCGCAACCUGAGGAGAGGCUGACAGGAGGGAGCGCUCAGCGCUGAGCGCUCCCUCCUGUCACUCCCUCUGUAGUAGAGUGGCCGAGCUCUGCCGCAUGCUAGUCUGACGGUAAUAGGGAGCAGUUGUUCUGUGCCGACUACGGAAGUGCACACGUGUGCACUUCCUGUUAGUCCCGGCACAGGAACAGCAAAAGCUCCCUGUACCCGCGCGACUAUACAGGCCGGCCACCCAUACAGGGAGGUAGGGGGGAGGGGAGAAAGAGAGGGGAGAGAGAGAAAAAGGGGUGAGAGAGAGAAAUAAGGGGGUGAGAGAGAGAAAUAAGAGGUAGAGAGAAAGAAAUAAGUGAGAGAGGGGUGAGAAAGAGAACAAGGGGGUGAGAAAGAGAAAGUAAGUGAGAGGAGUGAGAAAAAUAAAUAAGGGGUGAGAGAGGGUGAUAAAAAGAAAUAAGAGGGGGUGAGAAAGAGAAAUAGGGGUGAGAAAGAAAAUGAGGGGGGGUGAGAAAGAGAAAUAAGGGGUGAGAAAGAGAAAUAAGGGGUGAGAAAGAGAAAUAAGGGGUGAGAGAGAGAGAUAAGGGGGGUGAGAGAGAGAAAUAAGGGGGGGUGAGAGAGAGAAAAGGGGGGUGGGUGAGAAAGAAAAAGAAGGUGGGUGAGAGAGAAAGGAGGGGGGUGAGAGAAAAUAGGAGCGGGGGUAAGAGAGAAAUUAGGAGGGGGUGAGAAAGAGAAAUUGGGAGGAGGAGAAGGAAAUUGGAGCGGGAGGAGAGAUUGACAUUCAUCACAUACACACAAUGCACCCCUUGCACACAGAAAAACACACAGACACACAUACACAAGCAAUGCAACCGUUACACACAAUGCAUCCCUUACACACACAGAAACACACAAUGCAUUCAUUACACACACUCAAUGCACCCCUUACACACAUUCAAUGCAUCCCAUACAUACACAGAAACACACCUUGCAGCCCUUACACAUACAAACACAAUUUCACACAAUGCAUUCCUUACACACAUAUCAGGACAUCCCCUACACACUCCACCCCCUGUGAACAAACUCAUUGGUGGAACAUGAAGGUGGACCCUGGGACCCAGACCUUGAGCUGUGUAAAGGACCCCCAAAAAAUGGAGCUGCUUCCCGUUCUCCCAGAACAUUGAUUUUUGUGACCACAGUUACAAACCGCCUCCAGAGAGCCUGUUCUGCACCAGACCAGUGGAGCCAGACUGCAGCUAGAGCCCAUCAUCAUCCUCAUCUGGUUGUAAGUAGGCAAUCUAGUAUAUUAUUCGUGGCACUAAGCUCUAAUUUACCUCACAUUAAAGAAACACUAUAGUCCCCAGAACCACUUCAGCUUAAUGUAGUGGUUCUGGUGUCUAUAGCCUGUCCCUGCAGGCCUUUUAAUGUAAACACGGCGGCACUGCAGCACUGGCGUUAGUUAACAUGGCAAAUCAUAUGGCUGGGGCAUUGUGAUGUCACAUGGGGGGCGGCAAACUUUACUUUUGCCUUGGGCGGCAAAAAUCCUUGUACCGGCCCUGGCUGGAGGGGGCUGUGUGAGCUGUGGCCGCACAGUGUCCCAUGGUAGUUAGGGUGCCGUGCGGCCAGUACAGCUCACUCAAGCAAACAGCUGAUAAACUGGCCGCACGGAGGAAAUGUGUAUGUGUGACUGUCUGCCUGUGACUGUGUGUGACUGUCUGCCUGUAACUGAGUGUGUGACUGUCUGCCUGGUAACUGAGUGUGUGACUGUCUGUCUGUAACUGAGUGUGUGACUGUCUGCCUGUAAAUGUGUGUGUGGGGCUGCAGGGAUUUUGUAGAAGGGGGCGGGGGUUUUGUAUUGGGACAGGAGUCUUUAUAAGAGGGGAUAAGCAGGGGAUUUGUGGAAGGGGGUUGCGGGGGUUUUGUAGACGGGGCAGUACAGGAUUUGUAGAAGGGGCAGGACAGAGGUUUUGUAGGAGGGGCGGGGCAGGACAAGGGUUUUGUAGGAGGGGCUGACAACGGUUUUGCAAAGUUUACAAAUUGUAAAAUAAAAGAAAGAGAACCUUUAACAUUUUUUACAGGUUUUGGGGGGGAGGGUGGGGUGCCAAGCACAGGAUCCGCCCCGGGUGCCAAAUGCUCUAGGUACGCCCCUGGAAAAAGGUCAAGGUUCUGGAGUGGCCAUCACAGUCUCCUGAUCUUAAUAUCAUCGAGCCACUCUGGGUAGAUCUCAAAUGUGCGAUUCAUGCAAGAGGACCAAAGACUUUGCAUGACCUGGAGGCAUUUUGCCAAGACGAAUGGGCAGCUACAGCACCUGCAAGAAUUAGGAGCCUCAUAGACAACUAUUACAAAAGACUGCAUGCUGUCAUUGAUGCUAAAGGGGACAAUACACAGUAUUAAGAUCUAAGGGUAGGCAGACUUUUGAACAUGGGUCAUUUCAUUUGUUUCUUUGUUGCCAUGUUUUGUUUAAUGAUUGUGCCAUUCUGUUAUAACCUACAGCUGAAUAUGAAUCCCAUGAGAAAUAAAUGAAAUGUGUUUUGCCUGCUUACUCAUGUUUUCUUUAAAAAUUGUACAUAUAUUACCAAUUCUCCAAGGGUAUGCAAACGUUUUGAGCACAACUGUAUAGUGUAGUAGAUUGAAUGUAUAUAUGGAGAACACUGGUUAGCAAUUAUUUUCUCCUUUUUUGUUCCCCUCAGCUUUUUAGCGUUAUUUCCUUUUUUCACUUAUAGUUUUUUUUUUAACUAAUUGAAUUAAAAGUUAUAUUUUAUCUAUUAAUUGUCUAGACCACUUUGGGGUUGCUGUAAUAGUACAAGAGCCAUAAGGGGACUCUUAUCAUUUCCCCUUUAGACUAUCUUGUACGUUUUUCUUUUCCUUAAAUUAUAAGUAUAUAUGGGGAAGAAACAAAUAAAUGCACCCACAAUAUUUAGAGCCUUCAAUCAGCUCUCCCUAAAAGUGUCUUUAUUAAUUUCAGUAUUAAAAUUUUCAAUAUUUAAAAAAAAUAAAAAUAAAAAAAAAAAAUAUAUAUAUAUAUAUAUAUAUAUAUAUAUAAAUUACACUAUUAAAGGGUACAUAUGAUGACAAAUACAACUCUUAAAGGAGUACAGCAACCAUUUCUUUUUAUAAUACAUCUAUUUUACUUUUUAAUGCCCUAUUGGGCACUAUUAGCAUGUUCACCUCAUUUUUCUUUUUUUAUUCUUCCACAACCUUACAUUGCCAUGUAACAUUACAUCUUCCCUCUCCUUGGUGCAAUCAAGAAGCAUUUGAUUGGACCAACCAUAGAGAAACAUUCCACUGGACCAAUCUCCAGGACCAGAGUUCAUGCACAUGCUCUGAGACAGGGAGUAUAGAGAGGGAGAGGAUGGGGGAGACUGGGGAGGCAGGGGAUUAUUAAAUAAAUAAAUGAAUAGCUGUAAAAGCAGUGAGGUGGGGGAAAGUGCAACAAGGGAGGGAGGAAGGGGAGAUCCACCUUCAAGGGUUAUAGUUCAUUAUGUCUGUCACCAGCACACUGUGUUAUCAUAAAACCCUGGUUUUGGUUUUAGUAAAGUAGUAACCCUUUCAUGCAAAAACAAAGAAGAUGAAACUAGCUUGGUUUUUAGCACAGAGGACAUGUUCUCCCUCAGCCCCAUCUUCAGAUCAGGAUAGAGGUCAAGGAGGAUGGUGUGAGGGGGAUAGCAUGGAGAGGGAUAUGCAUAUUGGCUGUCUGGUGCCAGUAUGCUGUACAUGUGGUGUCAGAUGCCAAUUUUGCACAGAAUUUAUAUUGGCCAGCCUGGAACAAAGCUAUUGAUGCUGCUUGAUGCAAAGCGAAACCUCCUACAGCUAAGAGGUUAAUCUCUGUAUGUCCCACUGAUGACGACCAAUGACCAACGACGACCAAUGAUGCCGCAAGAGCCUCCGGCAACUCUCUAUGUAUAGCAUUUCAAAAGGAAUCACUGAAGUGGUCAUGGUGUUUGUAGUAACCCUUUAAUGAUGUCCUAAGAUUGUUUAAAGUUUAAAACGCAUGAUGCAUUCUCUUUGUGAGUUAGUGACAGAACUCAACACAACACUAAUAACAUAUCAUGACUAGAACAACAAAACACAACAUGAAUAACACAAUAUUCAUUAAACAAAAGUGUUAAUUCCACAAUAUGAAUGUUACAGAGGAGGGGAGUGUUAAGGAGACCCCCACAUUGCGUCAAUUUAUUUCUAAAUAGUUUCCUAUAAAAUCAGGGUUCAGCACUCAGGGACUACAGCUAAAAUAGCACCAAUUAAUGUUACAUUGCUUACAGUGUCUAUCUACUUUCAUUACCGAUAUACUUAGUAAUAUUUGCCAAGAUUAAUUCAAUUAAUGAUCAGCAGGUAUAUUUUUCAUUAUGGAAUAAUAAAUACAUACUGCCCUAUACAAUAAACACAUCUAACAAUAUAUUAAUUCCCCAUGGUGUAAUAUUACAAUAAACACAUAUAACAAUAUAUAAUUCCCCAUGGUGUAAUAUUACAAUAAACACAUAUAACAAUAUAUAAUUCCCCAUGGUGUAAUAUUACAAUAAACACAUAUAACAAUAUAUAAUUCCCCAUGGUGUAAUAUUACAAUAAACACAUAUAACAAUAUAUAAUUCCCCAUGGUGUAAUAUUACAAUAAACACAUAUAACAAUAUAAUAAUUCCCCAUGGUGUAAUAUUACAAUAAACACAUAUAACAAUAUAUAAUUCCCCAUGGUGUAAUAUUACAAUAAACACAUAUAACAAUAUAUAAUUCCCCAUGGUGUAAUAUUAAAUACAUAUAACAAUAUAUAAUUCCUCAUGGUGUAAUAUUACAAUAAACACAUAUAACAAUAUAAUAAUUCCCCAUGGUGUAAUAUUACAAUAAAUACAUAUAACAAUAUAAUAAUUCCCCAUGGUGUAAUAUUACAAUAAACACAUAUAACAAUAUAAUAAUUCGCCAUGGUGUAAUGUUAUAAUAAACACAUAUAACAAUAUAAUAAUUCCCCAUGGUGUAAUGUUACAAUAAAUACAUAUAACAAUAUAUAAUUCCCCAUGGUGUAAUAUUACAAUAAACACAUAUAACAAUAUAUAAUUCCCCAUGGUGUAAUAUUACAAUAAACACAUAUAACAAUAUAUAAUUCCCCAUGGUGUAAUGUUACAAUAAACACAUAUAACAAUAUAAUAAUUCCCCAUGGUGUAAUAUUACAAUAAACACAUAUAACAAUAUAUAAUUCCCCAUGGUGUAAUGUUACAAUAAACACAUAUAACAAUAUAUAAUUCCCCAUGGUGUAAUAUUACAAUAAACACAUAUAACAAUAUAUAAUUCCCCAUGGUGUAAUAUUACAAUAAAUACAUAUAACAAUAUAUAAUUCCCCAUGGUGUAAUGUUACAAUAAAUACAUAUAACAAUAUAUAAUUCCUCAUGGUGUAAUAUUACAAUAAAUACAUAUAACAAUAUAUAAUUCCCCAUGGUGUAAUGUUACAAUAAACACAUAUAACAAUAUAAUAAUUCCCCAUGGUGUAAUGUUACAAUAAAUACAUAUAACAAUAUAUAAUUCCCCAUGGUGUAAUAUUACAAUAAACACAUAUAACAAUAUAUAAUUCCCCAUGGUGUAAUGUUACAAUAAACACAUAUAACAAUAUAUAAUUCCCCAUGGUGUAAUAUUAAAUACAUAUAACAAUAUAUAAUUCCCCAUGGUGUAAUAUUACAAUAAACACAUAUAACAAUAUAAUAAUUCCCCAUGGUGUAAUAUUACAAUAAACACAUAUAACAAUAUAUAAUUCCCCAUGGUGUAAUAUUACAAUAAACACAUAUAACAAUAUAUAAUUCCCCAUGGUGUAAUAUUACAAUAAACACAUAUAACAAUAUAUAAUUCCCCAUGGUGUAAUGUUACAAUAAACACAUAUAACAAUAUAUAAUUCCCCAUGGUGUAAUGUUACAAUAAACACAUAUAACAAUAUAAUAAUUCCCCAUGGUGUAAUAUUACAAUAAACACAUAUAACAAUAUAUAAUUCCGCAUGGUGUAAUAUUACAAUAAACACAUAUAACAAUAUAAUAAUUCCCCAUGGUGUAAUGUUACAAUAAACACAUAUAACAAUAUAAUAAUUCCCCAUGGUGUAAUAUUACAAUAAACACAUAUAACAAUAUAUAAUUCCCCAUGGUGUAAUAUUACAAUAAACACAUAUAACAAUAUAUAAUUCCCCAUGGUGUAAUGUUAUAAUAAACACAUAUAACAAUAUAAUAAUUCCCCAUGGUGUAAUGUUAUAAUAAACAUAUCACACAGGCAGUUAUUGUAUUUCCCUCUGAAAGUGAAAGUAAAUUAUUCUGGCGGUAAAACUGGGCGGUAAAGUCACAUUAGAAAUUCAUAUAACUAGUAAUAUGUCAGUAACAAUGUGUGCACAGAGCAGUUUGCUGGCUAUUCUCCUAUGGCUGCAAGUCACUGACAGCUCAGGUAAGUGAUUCACCUCCUGUUACAUUGUGUUAAUAAUUCUACUUACCUGCAAUCCUGUAUGAUACCGAGCACAGAGGGGCAGUUACUGCUACACUAUCCGGGUGGGCGUUAUUGGGGCAUUCUGAAAGAGCUGACACUGAGGGCUUAUUCACUAAAGAUCGAUCUGUGCAGAAUGUGAGAGUUUAACCCUUUGUGUGCUGCUGGUAUAACGAACUCCCUCUCCCAUGGUUUCAGGGUUCAGGGAGGUAGGUGCCCAUCACUCACUGUACCUGCUGCCAUGCCCUGAUACUGGCAUAAUAAAGGGUCACUACAGGUGGAACAAUGUAUCUAUUUCAUGAUUUUUGUGGUUAGUAUUCGAAUCACAUGUGCUCGUUCAGGGGUACCUCUACUAAACAGCAAGUUCAUGGCCCAGUCUGUGGGUGCCCCAGGCUAGUGCUGAUUAGUAGAGGUACCCCUGCCUCGGGAAAUUGAAUUUCCUAAUACUAACUUGCUGUAGUUCAGUUUGCAGUUAGUACAGGAAGCAUUAUAAUAAAAAUACACCCUAUUCUCUAUACAUAGACAGACCAUUCAGAGUCUAUGAAAUCAAUGUAGCAAUACUCCAAUGUAUCAAACUGGUUUGCAAAAAUUCGUCAAAUGAAGGUAACAAUGGUACAGUGUUUUUAAAUGUAUUCAAACGCCUAUAACACUCCCACACAUGAUAAUCCCUCCCUGGAGACUAGUUACAAGCAAACAUCUAACAUGCUCCUCCCCUGUGCCUGAGAGAUAAUUACCUGAACACAUAAACAUAUAAUUGUAUUAUUUCUCAGUACAGAAACAUACAAAAUAACAAAAACCCCAAAACACAUGAAAACCCCACAAAAGUUACAUCCCCUGAGAGCCCCGAUCUGGGUGACCAAAAGUCACUUAGAUCGAUUUAGGGGUUCGGGAUUUCCAUGGAAGUCAUAAUUUUGACCGACCGUGCACAUGGUCCUAUGCCCGAAACAGUUCCAUUAAAUCAGUGCUAACGGUCGGUCAAGUUCGGUAGUUUAAAAACUAACUAAUACCAAAUGGAAUCAGGGCCGGCGCUACCAUAAGGCGGCCCAGGCGGCCGCCUUAGGGCGCACUAGCCCUGGGGGCACGACAUCAGGCAGACAGGAAGGAGGGAAGCGCACCUGGCUACCCUCCAGCUGGUUACUACUUGUAGAGUGGCCGAGCGCAGCCCAGAGAUUCCCGCCCGCGGAGCUCAGCCUCGGCCCGCCCACCUCCUAUCCUGGUGUCUGCCGCAGGCUGUGUGGAGGGGGCGGGGAUAUGAAUGACAUCAUAUCCCUGCUCCCUGUGUCCCACACAGCGCGGCUGGCGCCCUGUGAUGGGGCUGGGUUGCAGGACUGGACUCCACAGAGCCGGACAGCAUGCACCCAGGGGACAAGAUUUAACAGAUGUGAGUAUGUAAUUAUGUAUGUCUCUGUAUGUAUGUCUCUGUAUGUAUGUAUGUCUCUGUAUGUAUGUAUGUCUCUGUAUGUAUGUCUCUGUAUUUAUGUCUGUCUGUCUCUGUAUGUAUGUAUGUCAGUAUGUCUCUGUUUGUAUGUAUGUUUGUCUCUGUAUGUCUCUGUAUGUAUGUUUCUGUAUGUAUGUCUCUGUAUGUAUGUAUGUAUCUAUCUCUAUGUAUGCAUGUAUGUAUGUCUGUCUCUGUGUGUAUGUCUCUGUGUGUAUGUCUCUGUGUGUAUGUCUCUGUAUGUAUGUCUCUGUAUGUAUGUAUGUAUCUAUCUCUAUGUAUGUAUGUCUCUGUAUGCAUGUAUGUAUCUGUAUGCAUGCAUGUAUGUAACUAAAUGUUUGUUUGUCUCUGAAUGUCUGUAUAUAUAUCUCUGUAUGCAUGUGUGUAACUGUAUGCCUUUAUGUCUCUGUAUGUACGUAUGUGUCUGUGUGUCUCUGUAUGUAUGUUUAUGUAUGUAUGUCUGUAUGACGGUUUGCCUCUCUAUGUAUGAAUGUUUGUAUGUGUCUGUAUGUCUGUAUGUCUUGUAUGUAUGUUUCUGUAUGUCUCUGUAUGUAUGCCUAUAUGUCUUUGUAUGUAUGUUUCUGUAUGCCUGUAUGUCUCUGUAUGCCUGUAUAUAUGUAUGUGUCUGUAUGGCAGUAUGUCUCUGUAUGCAUGCAUGUCUCUGUAUGCAUGCAUGUCUUUGUAUGCCUGUAUGUAUGUAUGUGUCUGCAUGCCUGUAUGUUUCUGUAUGCCUGUAUGUAUGUAUGUAUGUGCCUGGAUGUCUUUGUAUGUAUGUUUCUGUAUGUAUGUAUGUAUGUGUCUGUAUGACGGUAUGCCUCUGUAUGUAUGCAUGUCUUUAUAUGCCUUCAUGUCUCUGUAUGCAUGUAUGUCUUUGCCUGUAUGUCUGUAUGUCUCUGACUGACUGUAUGUGUCUAAAUGUCUCUGUAUGAUUAUUUCUGUGUUUGUAUGACAGUGUACCUGUAUGACUUUGACUGUGUGACUGAAAAAUUAUGCCUGUGGCUUGGGAGGAAAUACACACAGGUGAAGAUGCAUUUUUUUUUUUUUUUAAAGGAGGUUGAGGGGCACCAAAAUGCAUGUUCGCCUGUGUAACUAAAAAUCCUAGCACCGGCACUGAAUGGAAUCCAUAGUUCUACCCUGGAACACAUCGUAUUUUGCAUGGCCCAAAAUCCUGGGGCAGGAGGCGGGCAAGCAGGCUCCUCCAGGAGCUUGUGGCAAACGACCAGACCCAAGGACGUUUGUCACAGUAGGAGCUAUUAAAUUAAUACUCACUCCAGCUAGUGCAGUCACUGCAUUUCCAGUACUUCUCUAGCAACCGCAAGGUGUAAUUAUAACAACUGAUAUGAAGGCAUUGUGUUUGUGGUGAUAGAGAGCAGAAGAAUGUCCUGCGGGAUAAUUCUCCUCAUCUCCUCCUCCCUCCAUUUCUGCUAGCUCAGUGUAUGUAAGAUGACAGGUACACUUCAUGACGGGGAAGGGAGAAGGGAAAAACCUAUUCCCCCACCAGUUAUAUACAGGGCCCUAGACGAAGAUCCAUUUUGCCGUCCCCUCAUGAGAUUGUUCCACAAGUUCAUUCACUAAACUCCAAAAGGAAGCAUUCCACUGAUUUCUUUUUUAGUAGAUAUACCCCAAAAGAUAAUAUGCUUUUUUUUCUGCAAGUGUCCAAUCAGAGGCUUCUCACUGAGAUGCCUCUUUUCUGGGGCUGCAGUUGUGCACAUGUGCACUCGAUCACAGCUUUCCCAUGUUUCCCUAGUUCAACUCAUUGAGAAAGGGAGAAGGCAGAUGCAUGCUUCUACAGCACGUCUGCCUUUUCUGUUAGCUCUCCGGAGCUAAAGGAAGUGUAAGAAAACCUUCUUGGCUGUGUGACAGACAGGGAGAUGUUUUGACCCCAAUUAUAAAAGGUCCAAUUUCUAUUGAGAUCAGCCAUUUUAUAAACGGUCAAGAAAAUGACAAACUCCAGACAUAGAAAGCACUUCAGCAAGUUAAAAUACUUUGUGUGGAGUAUUCCUCUCUCUUAGCAAACUGCCUUAUACAUAUACACACUCACAAAAAAACUGCCUUAUACAUAUACACACUCACAAUGCCUAAUACACACACACACACACAAUAUGCCUUAUACAUACAUGCAAACAAAGUGCUUAAUGCACACGCACCGAAACUGACGAUAACAUACAUACACCGAAACAUAAAAACUGCAUCACACUCAUACUCUGCCUAAUACAUACAUAAACUGCCUCACACAAACACACACACUGCUUUAUAUAUACAAAUGGGGAUAUGGCUUUUUUAUUUAUUUAUUUUUUUAAAUCUACUUGUCCAAAGGACUUAAGUGGAUCAAUAUGCAGAAACAAUGACUCAUAUAUAAACACACUGACCCAUACAUAAUUACACUGCACACUGAUACACACCGACACUGACCCAUACACAGAAACACACACUGCCACUCACUAAUACUGACCCACACUGCACACUGACCCAUACACACACUGACACUAACACUGACCCAUACACACACACACUGCACACUAACACUGACCCAUACACACACACACACUGCACACUAACACUGACCCAUACAGAAUCACACUGCACAUCGACACUCACCAACACUGACCCAUACACACACACAUACUACACACUGACACUCACUAUCAUUGACAUUAACACUGACCCACACACAUACUACACACUGACAAUCACGAACACUGACCCAUAUACCCAAAUACACUGCACACGGGCACACACUGACCCAUACACACACAAACUGCACAUUCUCUGACAGUCUCUCACAGUACAGAAUACCGGCAGCCAACACGCUAUAAAGAGCAGAAUGAGCAUGUGACAGGCUGCUGUAGGUAUUCUGUACUGUGAGAGACUGUCAGAAAAUGUGUUGUUUAUGGGGGUGGAGCUAGAAUGUUUGGGGCAGGGAAAGGCAAGGUUAGUUGUAGGAGGGGCAGAGUUACCGGUUUGUGAGAGAGCAAAGGCGGGGUAACAUCCGUAGCCCCAAUGCUUUGAUGAAAGCAUUUUAUCUGGCUGAAUUACAAGAGGAGGGCUGCAGCAGUGAGGGGAGGGCACCAGCAGCUCUGUCACAGGCAGAGGCGAGGUCUCUGUAUUCUCCAUGAGUAAACAUUGACAGCUUCAUCUCAUGACUGCAUUACAGCCCCUGCGGGCGCCCCUUCUCACACAGCGCCCUAAGCAACUGCCUAGUCUGCCUAUAGGUAACGCCGGCCCUAAACUUCCCCCCCCCCCUCAGUGAGCUUUGACAUGUUCAAUUCCCAGGAAUUGUAGUGGCGAGACACGAUGUCCCAUUUCCUUGAAAUGUCUGGCUACAGACUAUGUCAUAAGUUGAUUCCUAACGGUACGUUUGUGCUCCCCUAUGUGUAUAGGCAAAAGCCUUGUGGUCUGUCCAACAAAUCCUUUGCCACAAGGACAUUUGAUCAAAUACACCACAUAAUCUGAUUGGCAAUUUCUAACUCAAUCUUGGAACCCAAAGUCAAAUGUAAAAAAUAAUUGGUCUUAAUAACAUUAUUACAGUUCUCACACCUAGCACAUUUAAACAUCACCUUGGGGGGUGCCAUCCACGAGUACAGUUUUAUUUUCACUGGCAUAUAGGAGAUCAUUCCUAAGGCUUUAAGCCUUUUUAAAAGCCAUUAUCGGAACUGCUCCAAAUGUCUCCUGUAAAUCAGCAUCCCCACUUAGUAGGUGCCAUUGUCUCUUGAUUAUUUGUGUUAUUUGGUUGGAUUUGGUUGAAACUGUGUGAACAUAAGGUAUACGCUUAGGUUGUUGUCCACCCUGUAUUAGUGUGGAUGUGACCCUUCCCUUUGCAUUCUGUAGUACACUCCAGGGAUAACCCCUAGCCUCAACAUUUCUCAUGAAACAUUUGACCAAAGGGUGGAUGGAAUGAUGAGAAAUUUUGAGGCUAAGGGUUAUCCCAUUGAUUUAUUUUUAAUAGCUCGUAUAAUAAUUGAUAAUAUGCAUCAUCAAUGUCAAUUUUAUCUAACCUUAAGUGCAUUGAGUAGCUGAGAGCACGGAGUGUACCUGCUCCCAGCACUCUCAGCCGAUUGCCUCCAUCAUAGUUGGUUGACAUUGAUAACUUGGAAGUAUGAAUUCCACAUUAUCAUGCAGUCGAGGUUGGUAGAAUUCCAUUUUAUGUCAAACUGUUCCCAAUCGAAAGGUAUCAACGCAGUGCAUUCUAUUAAUCUAACCACUUAGAAUUUUUAUAAUGUUAUUGGAGAUGAUUACAUGUCUUUCCAUUAACCAAUAUAUAAUUUCUUAUAUAAGAAUACAUUUUUUUUUCUUAUUAAUAGGGUCGCUGCCUGAAGUAAAAUGUCGAAAUGUAAAUCCACCAGCAUUGGGGGAGACAGCAACGCUAAUAUGUGAAUUCUCAUCGUCACUAGAUGUCCUGCAAGUAACAUGGCAGGUGGACAAAGAUCAGAAACCACAAACCAUUGCAACCUACAGCAAAAAGUAUGGGGUGAAAAUUGUGAACUCUGGUGGUAACUAUAAUCUUAUUAGUCACAAAGAAUCGAACAUAUCAACCAUCACUAUCUCGGACUUGAAAAAACAAGAUGAAGCCUGUUAUGUUUGUAUCUUCAAUGCAUUUCCUCAUGGAGCCUACAAAAGCGAGAUUUGCCUGACGUUUCCCAAUGAGUCAGGUACGCACUCGCACUUAGUUUUUAUACAAAGCGGAAUUGCCCCUUCCUAAGAUUUGUAAUAUGUCUACUUAUCCCCUAUUUUUUUAUAUUUUUGUUAAGUAUGAAAAAUUAAAAGGACACAUGCCGCUGCAGUGUUUAUAGUGCAAAUACCAUUUCUCUGCAACCUUUUUUUUUUUAAAAAGGUUUGAUUCUGGAGAUAAACCUACAUACCUCAUACAGCCGCGUACCUAGGCUGCCAGCCAGCUUUGUAGCUGGUAAUAUCAUUUUUUGUGUGCAACUUUUGAAUCUGGGUGUGUUAACCUAACGCAGGGCUGACGGCGGGAGAGUGGGGCAGAUCGGGCUGAAACCCUAAUACUUCUCCAGACUGCCAUCUAAGCUCUCUAAUCGUUCUAGGGCUAUCCUUUCCAACUGCACUUCUCUUUUACUUCCCAUAACUGUGUAUCUGUGAGUAUGUGCAACAGUGUGUGUCUGUAUGUGUAACAGUUUGUCAAGCUAACAAAAGAAGAGAUGCUUGCCUUAAGCACACCCUUUGUCAAGAUUGUUAAGAGUAGUUAAACACAAAAGAGAAGAACAAAUUCGUAAAGAAAGUUUGAGGUCUUGACACCUCUAGAGCUGGUGGCGAUAUGUUAUCUAAGAAUGGUGCAGUGCAUGGACCAGAUGACCACCCGGUUAGUAGGAAUACCUUGUACUAUAUUAGAGCUAAACACCGCCCCCUCUAAAUAUCUUCUGUUAUCUUCCACUCUCAUUCCCUCCCAUUCUAUACUUCUUCCUUUGUUGGUUCUCACUCUGUCUAGUGGAAUUCUUACACUCACAUUAUGUUUAGCAUCGUAAACUCACAAUGUUUCCAGCAUCCCACUAUUCGCUCUCUUUCCCGCACUAGCUCUCAUAUUGUCUGUAUCUUGUUUACAUUCAGUCUCAUCCUAUCCCCCAAAUUGUGGCUCUUACCUGAUUGAAGUGUCACCUACUACCACGUGUGUCUCCAAUAACCCCCUUCUUGUUCCUCUUACUCUCUCGCACUUCUCUUCUCUGUAUUGUGUCCUCUCAGACUGCUGUAGAGGACCGUCAUUAUCCCCUAGCCAAUCUGUGAAAGCAGCUCUGGAUAAGGCAGACCGUCUACCGCAGUCUGAGAGGCCACGCUAUACAGCGUGACAGUUAAGUAUGCCACGGAUCGCAGUAUCUUUCUUGUCCUUUUACAAACACUCUUUUUAGAAUCUAUCCACUCUCUCUCUAGGAAUAUGGCACUCACAUUGUCUCUGUCACUCAGAAAGUACAGAGAGCAGGGGAAAAUGGGAGGGUACACCUACUGAAUAAUUACCAUCUUAUUUUACAGCUUUUAUCCCCUGCGCAUGUAACAGUAUUAUUAUAAACAUGUAGCCCAGAGGGUUCCGUUAUUAUAGUAACCUUGUAUGAUAAACGAAUAAACUCGCAUAUCACGAGGCUCUAACACACACUAUUAUCCUGCGCCCUUGUAUAUAUGUUGGUUUGUUUUAAUAUCUAUACACUUUAUAUCUCACGUUCUUCUGUUUACCCCUUAGGCAAAGUGCAAAACAUAGAGUCCAGCAGAGAGAAGCAACAACAGUUUGAUAAAAUAUUCAAAGACAACAAAUCUACAAAGAAUGGUACAUUUACUAUUAUUUAUAUAGCACAAAGAUAUCUUGCAGCUCUUUAAAAUAGGAAAACAAGACAAAACAUGUUUGAAAUAUGGGAACAGUAGGCGAAGAGGGCCUACAUGAAAGUCUACAUGAGCUUACAAUCUGAAAGUAUUUCUGUUUGUAGAAUGUGAGGUGGCUCUUGCAGCGUCUAACCCUCCUGGUAUGUGUUAUUUGAAAUAAAACAAUCCGGUGUUAUUGCACUUCAGAAUUAGGGUUUUCUUUUCCUAUGUUUGAACUGAUGAACUAGUUGUGAUCAGAAUUACAUCUGAUGGCAUGUUAAUACUACAAUUAAUCCAUCAAUGAGUGAUUGACUCUGUCAGCUUCACCCACACCAUCAAGCGGGAGAACCACUCAGAGGAGGGUUCACCUGCUUAGCAGUCAAUAUAUUUAGAUUAUACACUGCAAUGCCAUCGGCACAGUAAUUUAUCUUUAGGAAUGACUGACAGGUGAAAUAAUUAUUUUAUUUAGAUUUUUUUAUUUUUCUAUUUAUUUUUUACUAAAUAGCUAUACAUUUGCCAGCAAUUCUGUUGGCACAACUCAAACAAAACUUGAUUACUUUUUGAUUUAGCUAAACAUGUACUUUUGGCAGGCAUGAUUUAAAGUCUGUGUUCCAGGGUGGAAUCGAUGAACAAAUACAAUUUUAAAACAUUAUCAUUUGAGUUAUUUUUCUAGAUGUGACUCGCUGUAAAGUCACGUGUUCCUCUGGCGACAGAAAUAUUAUUGAUAUCGAUGUGAAACCUGAAGAAAUAAUAGACGAGGAGCCAGAAGAACUGACGGAAAACGAUGCAGAUAGGAAAGUAAUUUAUAAACGUAAAUUCACGUGUGAAGAACCUGGAAUAAGACCAUCCUGUACUUUUCACACACAGAAGCUCAGCAGAAGGAAGAGAGCUCUUUCAGGUACACCCUGGGGGAGCUGCCGAAUUAUAAUUUUUCAAGUAUUUAGAUGUGUUGGAUGCUGUUUAUACUCCACCCACAAUUAAAAAUCCCCCUUCGGGAAAAAGCAGAUUCACCUGAUGGAAAAUUGAACACUGAUUAUAUACAGAUAGCCCAGGGAGAUGUUUGAUGGAUUUGUUGCCAAUUGGCAAGUGUAAAGUUAACUUUUUAUGCAUAUUUGCAGACUGCAAUGUCAUUGUGGUUGAGAUGCACAGUUUUAGACAACUUCCUUUGGCUCUCUGCAAUAAAGUGCUUAGUUCAUUGGCUAAAAACGCCAGCUGAUCGCUCUCAGCCUAUGGGUUAACCUCUGCAUUCCUGGACCUGGCUUAGGAGAGCUAACAGAUGUUCCUGUUAAGGAAAGUCCAGAUUUUCUGAGAUUUUAGAGGGCUGGUUAGGGGCACCUGGCAGAUCCCAGAUAAGGACGUUAAAGCAUUUAAAAAUGGUUUGAGUCUUUACAGUGGGGCAGGGCCAGGGCAUUCCUGGCACAAUAACCAUUACAGAAAGCUAUAGUGGUUAUAGUGCCUGCAGUGUAUGUUUAAAGACCGUACCACCAACUUACCCUAAACAAUACUUUCUUUGUAUCAUGUAAAUUUCCUUGUCAGAUUGUAUUAGAAUACUCAUAUCUCAUACAUUGCCACACACACCAUAUCAAACAUGACAUAUGUUAAAAUACUUUUAAAGCACUUUUUUCUGUAUAUUUAUUAAUCAGCCAUCAGUUAGCUAAAUUGUGUAGAUUUUUUUUGUUUUUUCGUAUACAGCGAACUAAAAAUUUAGAGAACAAUGCGAAGACCUCUGUGUGACGAAGAGAAAAUACUUAAUAAAACCGCUUGUUUAAUACACAUUCAUAUUGAUAAUAAAACUCUAAUCUUGUAUUUCUGCAGAUGAGGAGGAUGGCAAAACUAUAUUUGCUAAUUGUUCUGUUACUGGAAAAGCACCUAAAAUUAUCUGGGAAAAUGAAGGAAGCCCAGUUAGUACAAUGGAAUAUGAACUUAAAAAAGAUGGCAUUGUAACAGUUACCAGUGCUCGCGGGUAUUUACAAUCUUCUCUUCAUGAUCAGGAAAUAAAAUUAACAUGUGUUAUCACCAGCAAGAAUAAUAAAGGUGAGUUAAUGGCAUUUAAUAUUAGAACUUUAUUAAAAGGGGAACUGUCACUUUCCCAGAAUUUUUAUGUUUACUCAUUCUUGUCUUUAACAAAUGCCUCUUUGUCCUCCAUCUAGAUGCCUCUAUGUUAGCCAUCUGUCUUUUAAAUAUAUACAUAUAUGAGAAAAUAAGGGUUUGGCUGCACUCACCUACACAUGCUAAAUUAGGGUGCUGCUGGGGGCCAAUAAGUACAGUAAAAAUGAAAUUCCAGCGCACUCGCUUUUCUACUAAACAGUCAUUUUAAUGUAAAUGAGCUUCUCACUUGGGGAAAUCCUUCCAUCUCGAGGUCUCCCCCAAGUGAGUGAUUUCCCCAAGCGAGAAGCUCAUUUAGCAGACAGAGUAGGACCUGCCAAAGAUGGGGUACAUUGGCGUUGUGGCAGGCUUAUGCAAUGUAUGAUCAUAUACUGUAACUAAACCCCCAUUAUAUUUUUUUGCCUAGAUUAGGUGUUUUUAAUAAAACUGAAAAUUGUUCAGCAUUAAAAUGACUGUUUAGUAGAUAAGCGAGUGCGCUGGAAUUUCAUUUUUAUUAGCCAUCUGUCUAUUACACCUGCAUAGAGAAAGUAUACAGAGAAGAGGAGGAAUGGAACAAUGUUUCUAUUCCCUUCAUUUGCAAUGCUUGCCCUGGCUUUGCCUUUUCUGAACUGGAUUAGAAUAUCAGAGGACGCUUGGCUAAACUAGUGUCAAGCAAUUGGUUGAUGGUGGCAGAAUAAUGGGCCUAACCCAAUACUCAUCAAUAAAUAUAUACAACCGUGUGCCGGGCAAAAAAUGGCUUAUAUAAAAACAUCACUUUGUUAAUUCUACCUAAAAUCAUCAACUUAAAAGAAAGCAAAGUAAAAUGUAUCUGUGAUUAAAAUAGAGUAAUCUGUGGAAUGUGAGAAAAACACCAAGUCUGAAUUUCAGAAAACUGUCUAAUAGGAUAAGGUAACUAAAUACAUUGGCUACAUAACUUGCCCAGCUAUGUUGAUAAUAUAGCGAAGGUGAAAUCUCAGAAUACGGACUACUGGGAUAAGGUAAUUAGAUAACAGGGUAAUGGGGUGAGGGAGUAAUGACUGGAAUCGGGUAAGGGUAGAAAACAUGCAGACGUAAUAGGAGCAUUCUUGCCCCGUUAGAACCCUGUAAUGGCCUAAAUAUUGCCCUGUCUGGAGGUAGCCCCUCUUGCUGCAUUAGUAAGCUGACAAAUAAACGAAAGCAUUGUUAUCAUAGAGACCAACACCACUAAGUCCCUCUAUAGUCCCCCGAGAAGCCCCUCACAACACCCUCAUUAUGUGAACUAUGAAAAAUAAAAUAUUAAAUAGGUUUGACGUGCAUUUUGGCGUGAACAAGUGCCUUUAUCGGGAAAUAUACAGAGUCAGGGACUUGUUAUGCACUUCACAUAAGAGUAUAAAUUCUAGGGAAGUGACAGUUCCCCUUUAAUCCCUGACAAACUACUAUAUACAAGUUAAAAAGAAUUGCCACCCCCCACAUUUAGCACCCAGACUGCUUGUUCUCAACGAAGUGGUCUUGGUGCAGUGUCGCUGUCCUCUUAACCCUCAGUUAUAAAAUAUUGCAGGUUUUGAUGUUUACAUUGAAGGGUUAAGUCCACCACUAAUGACUGUCAGUGCUGGAAUAACAAAGUUAAGGGGAAAAAAGUAUUUAACCCUGUGUAUGCCAAAUACGGGGAGGCAACUUAAUACCACUAGGGACAGGGACACUAUAAUGUUAGAAAUACUGAUUUGUAUUCCUAACAUUAUAGUGAUUAUUAUUAUUAUUAUUAUACCCAAAUUUGCCCCUUCUUGUCUGAUCCAGUGUUUUUCACUCUGCAAGGCUCCAUUUGAUUUGAUUCAAGUUAUUCCCAAUAUGAGAUUCAUUUGGGAAUUAAAGGAAUCCAUUUGGCUCAGUCUGGUUAGUUUUAGUUGAUUCUGAACACAGUGAACUUCCUUAGAGGAAUUUUAUCAACCAAAUAUUAGAAAAAUUUGUACAACAAAGGCAGAUGAAUGUUCUUUAGCAUAUUUGGCAUUUUGUGAUUCGAUAUCCAGACGUACAUACAGAUACAUUUUGAUACACUCCAUGUCCUGUGGCACAAGGAAGCCCUCUCCAGUUACCAUGAUCAUACAACUUCUUACCCCCUCUUAAUGCUUGUGUAUCUCUUAGCACCUACCAUUACCCUCUAUUAUCUUUUAUCCGCCAUUUUUUUGUGUCUCUUAUUCUUCCAAUCCCAGCCCAUCAAUACGUUGAGCAGCGUGAUCUCAUAGGACUGUGUUAGAGAAUUGCCAUUUUCCUCUGCUCAGUUCAAAAGGGAGCUGUUAGCAGCGUACAGAGUGGAAGAGGAAUGAUAUUCAUUGUUAGUACAGCUUCCUAUCAGGCCAGGAGGAGGAUUAAUGGAACAUUGUAAUUUCCUAUAUAUACAGUAUAUGUGUCCAGAAGAGUGCAGUUCUAAGAUACUGAGCAGACUCCCAGAGAGGACCCGAGAAUGAGGAAUAUAUACCACCCAGGAGGGGUGAGAAAAUAAAGUGUAUGUGUGUGUGUGUGUGUGUGUGUAUAUAUAUAUAUAUAUUUUUUUUUUUAUAUAUAUAUAUAUAUAUAUACAUAUAUAUAUAUAUAGUUAUAUUUAAAUGUAUUUAUUUUUAUUUAAUUCCUCCCAUAAAGAACGGAAUAUUUAAUUAUUGAAAUCAGGACAUGACCAGCAUUAAUCCUCUUGGUUUUUUUCAGGUGAGCAAUCCAGAAAUAUACCAACAUAUCUGUUAGUGGUAAUAACAGCAAUAACAAUAGCAUCUGUAGUAGGAUCUGUGUAUUUAUAUACCCAGAGAAAUAAAAAGUAAGUAACAAAGUUAAAGAAGCACACUAAACAUCAUAGACAUUAAAGUGUACUGUAUCAGUUAUUAAUAUUCUUAUUGGUAUUUAUAUUGCGCAACUCAUUCCACAGCUAUUUCCAAUAUGUUUCCUGACAUUGUCACACAGGAAGGAGCUGAUCUGUUUGAGAAUGGUUUGACUCUCAGUUGGUGCCCGAGCUGCUUCUGAUCGUCACAAUGCAGCUAAAAGUGACAGUUCUCAUUCUGCUUUAACCUAGUCAAUUUUGUCCAAAGUUUUUGGGUACUCAUCGGAAAAAUCUCCAACUCUUUCUUUUUAUUUUACUUAAUUCAGCUUAGUCAUUUGUCCCAAAUCAGCAAUUUCCUUCUUCAUUUUUCAUAAUUCAAAGUAUAACUUUGGUCUAGAGUCAAUAAACCCAAUGCUCCGUGAUCAGGUCAAUUCCAUCUCCUCAUUCAAUCUCAGUUUCUUCUAAAGUGCAUUAAAAGGCAUGUUUGGUUAAAGAUAGAAAUAUAGUGCAACGUUGGGAAAAUAAAUAUUUUAGUUUAAGAGAGAAAUUUUAGUAAAUAUAUAUAGCAAAUGCUGAUAAGCUCUUGUAGAUAUUUAUCAUAAACAUUGAGCACAUGGAGAGAGUUGCAUACUUUGUUGAAGGCCAGUCUGUUCAUUUUAGGUGAUUGGGGACAUUACAACUCAGAAGUUAAUAUGGAAAUUGAAAAGUUUAACUAAACAGAAGACGUGAUAAUAAUGAGAAAUCACACAUUCUUUGAAUGCACAUGCUUUGUCAAAAUGUUAUAUAAAAGGCUACAAAUACUCUAUUUACUAAGAGAAUUCAAAGAAGAGCCAUAUGGAACUUACACAGAACAACCAGGGCCCACAUACCUAGAGGGAAUACAUAUCUGGUGACCAUUAUUGAUUUCCACUCCCCAUCAUGACUUGUCCAUAAAUCCCAAAUAUGAACUGAUGGAGAUGCUUCAAAAUGGCUUUGCCUCACAGUUAGACGAUUCAGUAUGUUUUAAUCAGUAAUCACUAUCCAAACACAACCUUAUGGGCUUACUACAUUUCCUCUUAUCCAGGCUUUUGAGUUAGCAUUUUAAUCAUGUAUGGAAAAUAGAAUACGUUGAGUUUUGUGUAAACGAAAAGUGGAUUUUAAUUUCCCCACAUUUUCAGAUUAAGAGAAAAAUGCUUUUGGGUGGUUAAAAAUGAGUCUAGCUUUAAAUUAAAGGGACACUUUAGUCACCAGAACACCUACAUCUUAUUGUAUUUGUUCUUGUGAGUAUAAGCAUUCCCAUUCAGAUAAAAAGCAGUGUUUACUUGGCCCCCUAGGGAUACCUCCAGUGGUCACUCCUUAGAUGGCUGCUAGAGGUGCUUCCUGGGGCAGUAGUGCUGCUUCCCGGGGCAGUGCUCCUCUCUCUGCAUGGAGACAAUGAAUUUUCCUCAUAGAGAUGCAUUGAAUCAAAGCAUCUCUAUGAGGAGGUGCUUUUAGGCCAAAACAGUGUUAGGCCCCCACCUCCUUGUUUAUUUCAGCCAAACCAAUGCUUUCCUAUAGGGAAAGCAUUGGAUUGGCAACAAAAAUCUUAAAUUCUGAUGAUGUCACCAAGGAGUCGGAUUGGGGGUGGGGCCAGUGCCGGCUGACCUGUGCAGCGCUGGAAAUAAGGUGAGUUUUAACCCCUACUAAGUGGGGAGGCAAGCCACCUAAAUAGUAUUUUUAACACUAUAGGGUCAGGAAUACAUGUUUGGGUUUCUGAGCCUAUAGUGUUCCUUUAAAAGGAUGAGAUCCAGUGUGAAUGUCACUGCCAUGCUGGUCCGGUGUAUUUCUGCAAGGUUACAUAUCUUGCUCUGUAAGUCAGAAUGCCUUUAAAAAAUGUCCAACAGUGAUGUUUGUCUGAAAAGAAAUGUACAAAACAUGUGAAAUGUGACACGUUUUGUAACUUAUGUAACCUAUUUUUUCUUUCUUUUUAUUAGACAGUCUCUGAAAUCAAAGGAGCCACAUUCUAAGGAAUUAUUAAGCCAUAAAGAUACAGUAAAUCAAGAUAAUGUGCAUCAUGAUUCAAUUCAUCAAACCCCAGACACCAGGAAAUGUGGAGUAAGUACUUAAAGAGCCACUCCAGGCUUCCACACACGUUACAGUUAGUUAUAUCAGGUGGGUUUAUAUUAUUAAAGGAAUACUCCAGGCUCACACACACGUUAGGGGCACUGUGUAGAUUAGAUUACAGUUAGUUACACUGUGUAGGUUUAUAUUAUUAAAGGGACACUCCAGGCUCACACACACGUUAGGUGCAUUGUGUAGGUUAGGUUACAGUUAGUUAUACUGGGUGGGUUUAUAUUAUUAAAGGGACAGUCCAGGCUCCCACACAUGUUAGGUGCACUGUGUAUGUUAGAUUACAGUUAGUUACAGUUAGUUACACUGUGUAGGUUUAUAUUAUUAAAGGGACACUCCAGGCUCCCACACACGUUAGAUGCACUCUGUAGGUUAGGUUACAGUUAGUUAUACUGGGUGGGUUUAUAUAAAUAAAGACACACUCCAGGCUCCCACACACGUUAGGUGCACUGUGUAGGUUACGUUACAGUUAGUUAUACUGGGUGGGUUUAUAUUAAUAAAGGGACACUCCAGGCUCCCACACACGUUAGAUGCACUGUGUAGGUUACGUUACAGUUAGUUAUACUGGGUGGGUUUAUAUUAAUAAAGGGACACUCCAGGCUCCCACACAUAUUAGCAUGCCUGUGAACAGCUCCACAAACAGCAGGAUCAUCUUAAUUUCAUGGUCCUGCACUUUAUUUGAUGCUCUCAACACAUUGUUUUGAUAGCACUAGGACUGUGCAGAGAGUGCUUAAGGCAUUCUCUGUGCACAAUCUGCCCUCAGAUGCAAGGCAAGCUGACUCAUACUCAUCAACUCUCCAGGCAGUAAGGACACCACCUUUGGGAAUCACCAGUGUUCCAAGUGGAGUUACUGGCAUGCAUCUUUAAACCCAUUAUCUCUUCCAAUGCUUCCAGUGUUGGAAGAUAUGUAUUAAAUGUAAUAGAUGUUACAGCGAAUUAUGCUGGGUUGGUCAUUUAUUAUUUUUUAUUUUGCACUAUACCCACCUUUCUGCGCUAGAAGAAUAAGAAGGUGUGGGCAAUGCUUUGAAUCAACAAUAAUUCUUUAUCAAGCCAAUGGCUUGUUACAAAAUGGUGCCUUUUCAAUUCCAAUAAAAGUCUGCUCGGAAUGACCCUCAUGUGCCCGGAACCUUUUUCUCUUUUACUUCUAUGGGUGGGGCACCUUGUGAAUACUCCAUAAUAAUAUCUGUCUACAUAACCCACGUUCCACAACUUGGAGUAUUUCCCAUUAUAAGCAUUUUAUACUUGAGUUUAGUUUGCUCAGUAUUUAAUAAACUGAGCUUCUUAUUUUCCUCUUCAUAUUUGAACAUAUAUAAUCACAUGGAUUUCAAGAUCAGAGACAAGAUGGGUUUUCUUCAGGGAGGUCAUGCCAAACUAAUCUUAUAAAAAAAAAAUUGGAUUUGGUUACUAAAAUAAUAAAUCAGGGUGUUGCAGUAGACAUUGCUUAACUAGAUUUCAGUAAGGCUUUUGACACUGUUGCACAUAGAAGGCUUAUCAAUAAACUGCAAUCUUUAAGUUUGGAUUCCAAUAUUGUUGAAUGGGUUUGGCAGUGGCUGAAUUGCUAGCAGAAUGCUUGGUUGUAUAGGGAGAGGUAUUAGCAGUAGAAAGAGGGAAGUGCUCAUGCCAUUGUACAGAACACUGGUGAGACCUCAUUUGGAGUAUUGUACACAGUACUGGAGACCGUAUCUUCAGAAGGAUAUUGAUACCUUAGAGAGAGUUCAGAGAAGGGCUACUAAACUGGUUCAUGGAUUUCAGGAUAAAACUUACCAGGAAAGGUUAAAGGAUCUUAACAUGUAUAGCUUGGAGGAAAGACGAGACAGGGGGGAUAUGAUAGAAACAUUUAAAUACAUAAAGGGAAUCAACACAGUAAAGGAGGAGACUAUAUUUAAAAGAAGAAAAACUACCACAACAAGAGGACAUAGUCUUAAAUUAGAGGGGCUAAGGUUUAAAAAUAAUAUCAGGAAGUAUUACUUUACUGAAAGGGUAGUGGAUGCAUGGAAUAGCCUUCCAGCUGAAGUGGUAGAGGUUAACACAGUAAAGCAGUUUAAGCAUGCGUGGGAUAGGCAUAAGGCUAUCCUAACUAUAAGAUAAGACUAGGGACUAAUGAAAGAAUUUAGAAAAUUGGGCAGACUAGAUGGGCCGAAUGGUUCUUAUCUGCCGUCACAUUCUAUGUUUCUAUGUUACCUGUAGCAUUUUGUAAAUGUCUUAUAUACUGUUAAAUAAAUAAUAAUAUUGUAAAGCGCUGUGGAAUAUGUUGGCGCUAUAUAAAUAAUGAUGAUAAUAAUAAUAUGUCCUCAUAUGUAAAGUUAAAUCAAUAGAAACUUCUCUAGUUCCUGAUAAUGAUUAUUAGAAUAGUACAUAGAAUCUAUUUCAUAUACCUUUUUAUGUAAUGGUGUGUCUUACUAAUGAAAAACAGUUAGAUCAACACUCUCAUAUAGAUGUCGAUUUUUACACAUCACAUCUGUUAUUGUUUUGUUUUUUUGUAUUGUUAUUUUCUCAAGGAUUUUAUUUCAUAUUUCAUUUGAUUUUUUUUUUUUCAGACUCACGAAUCAACUCCAGGAACGUCUGUGUUAAAAAGGAGCAUUUAUUCAGACAGGAAAAAAAAAAAAUCUAAACUUGCAAGACCACUCUUCCCAACAGAAGAUGGGUCAUCUUGUGAGAAGUCUUGAAUACUGGAUUCCUUAAAAGGACAAUCCAUGCACUAAAAUAACUUAAUCUAAAUGAAGUUGUUAUGGUGCUAGGAGGCCCCUGGCAACAAUCUUACCUGAAGGGGUUAAACCGUUCUUGUAAAGUGCUAGGGUGGCAUCUGGCUUCAACAAUUUUACAUUCUGGAAGUGCGCUGAUUUGCUGAGAGUGGUCAGGUGACGAUCAGUGACCCCCCAUUCACCCUCCAAAUCUGGCCUGGAAAUCAGUUUUAUGAAUAGGGAAUCACUGAUUGGCUGACAGUGUCACCUGACCGCUCUCAGCAAAUCAGCGGAGCACCUGCCAGGUGGCACUCCGUGCUUCCGGAAUCUGAAACUACUGAAGCCGGGAGGAGUGGGCAUCGCCACUGGAUGCAACUUUGGGGAUAAGCCGUUCGAGUAUGGUUUCACCCCUUCUGGUAAGAGUGUCUCCGGGGGGGCCUACUGGCACCAUAACAGCUUAAUUUAGAUGAAGUUAUUUUGGUGCCUGGAGUGUCCCUUUAAUGUUCCAAAAAUGAAGGAACCUCCGUUGCCAUAAUCAAAUCAUGCUGUGAUACAUAUGAGGCAAAAAAAAAAAAUACUAAAAAGAAUAUAAUUUCUGGAACUGAAAAAACUCUCUGCCAUGGAUAGCGUCAGCACAUGAAUACCUCAUGGCCAGGCUUACACAGUAAUGGAACACUUGACAAGAUUUUCACUACAGUAAUAAAAAGGUGCACAAUAUUAAUCAAUAUUAACUAUUAUCCCAAUUGAGUGUUCCUCAAAGUGUUGGGGGAAUAUGGGGAACAAUGGAUGUUAUGCCAACUAUGUUUACAGAAAUUCACCCAAGCUUAAAAACAUAGCAGACCUUCAUACAAGCAGUUGUAGAAGUGCCAAAAUAUAAUUAAGUAUUAAUCCACCAUUACCAAAGGGUUUUGUUUUUUUCUUGAACUGUGUCCAUGUGAGGUGUAUUUUGAAUAAUAAUGUGUAAGUUUAUUGUUAAUUCACUACAAGAUAAGUCACUACAGCAUGUGUUUUCUAUUUAAUUAUGUGUUAAACUGGAAUGUAUUUUUGUAUUAUAAAUUACUCUGUC